AUGGACUCCUUAUUGGACGGCUACCUGAGGUUGCUGGUAACGCUGCUUUUAGCCCUGUGUGGGAUCCGCUGGGCCAGCGGUGGCGACUGUAAGGGGCACCGCCAGGUCCUGCGCAGUGCGUCAGGCUAUGUGACGGACGGGCCGGGCAACUAUUCUGUCAACGGCAACUGCGAGUGGCUAGUGGAAGGUAGGAAUUUGGGGAGGCUUCUUUAUUUAUUAUUGGAAGUACAGUGGUGCCUCGCAAGACGAAAUUAAUCCGUUCCGCGAGAGUCUUCGUCUAGCGGUUUUUUCGUCUUGCGAAGCAAGCCCAUUGACGGAUUAGCGCUAUUAGCGCUAUUAGCGGUUUAGCGGCUAUUAAAGGCUUAAAGGCUUAGGGGAUUAGCUGCUAAAAGGCUAUUAAAGGCUAUUAAAGGCUUAGCAGAUUAGAUAAAGGGGGGGGAAAAGCGAAAAAAAAUCUCAAGACUCGCAAGGUAUUUUCGUCUUGCGAAGCAAGCCCAUAGGGGAAUUCGUCCUGCGAAGCAACUUCAAAACGGAAAACCCUUUCGUCUAGCGGUUUUUCCGUCUUGCGAGGCAUUCAUCUUGCGGGGCACCACUGUAUAUAAAUCUACCUCCUUUAUCUGAAAGUCCUAUGGUGGCUGUCUGCAACAACUAAAAAUAAAAAGUAGGAUAGAACAGAGACUUUAAUUACAAACAAAACCAGCAACCAAAGUCCUGGACCCUGAGAUCAUGAGCCAACAGUGUGACGCGGCAGCUAAAAAAGCCAAUGCAAAUCUGGGCUGCAUCAAUAGGAGUAUAGCAUCUAGAUCAAGGGAGGUAAUAGUGCCACUGUAUUCUGCUCUGGUCAGACCUCACCUGGAGUACUGUGUCCAGUUCUGGGCACCACAGUUCAAGAAGGACACCGACAAACUGGAACGUGUCCAGAGGAGGGCAACCAAAAUGAUCAAAGGCCUGGAAACGAUGCCUUAUGAGGAACGGCUAAGGGAGCUGGGCAUGUUUAGCCUGGAGAAGAGGAGGUUAAGGGGUGAUAUGAUAGCCAUGUUCAAAUAUAUAAAAGGAUGUCACAUAGAGGAGGGAGAAAGGUUGUUUUCUGCUGCUCCAGAGAAGCAGACAUGGAGCAAUGGAUCCAAACUACAAGAAAGAAGAUUCCACCUAAACAUUAGGAAGAACUUCCUGACAGUAAGAGCUGUUCGACAGUGGAAUUUGCUGCCAAGGAGUGUGGUGGAGUCUCCUUCUUUGGAGGUCUUUAAGCAGAGGCUUGACAACCAUAUGUCAGGAGUGCUCUGAUGGUGUUUCCUGCUUGGCAGGGGGUUGGACUUGAUGGCCCUUGUGGUCUCUUCCAACUCUAUGAUUCUAUGAGAUCAUCUUCAGAGGCCCUUCUUCUUGUGCCUCCUCCACGAGAGCCUGGAGGGUGGCAACAUGAGAACAGGGACUUUUCUGCAGUGGCUCCCCGUUUGUGGAAUGCUCUCCCCAGGGAGGUUUGCCUGGCGCCUUCAUUGAACACCAUUAGGCACCAAGCAAAAACAUUCCUCUUCAACUAGGCCUUUAGCUGAUUAAUAUUCUAUAGCCUUUUAAAUGUGUCUGUGGGAAGAAGGGGUUUUUAUUUUGCUGUUCUGUUUUACUUACAGUGGUACCUCUGGAUGCGAACGGGAUCCGUUCCGGAGCCCCGUUCACAUCCUGAAGUGAACGCAACCCGCGUGUGCGCGGGUCUCGAUUCGCUGCUGCCGCGCAUGCGCAUGACGUCAUUUUGAGAGUCUGCACAUGCGCGAGCGGUGAAACCCAGAAGUAACACGUUUCAUUACUUCCGGGUUGCCACGGAGCGUAACCUGAAAACGCUCAACCUGAAGCAUAUUUAACCCGAGGUAUGACUGUAUUUACUUGUUUUUAUCUUGCAUUUUAUUCAGUGAACUUCCUUGAGAUUUUACGAUGAAGGGUGGUAUAUAAAUCUAAUAACUAAAUAAAGAUAAUAAUAAAAAAACGUUUUCCCCACCCAUUUGUUUCUACCUUUAAAUAUAAAUCAGCCGGUUAAUGAUACAUUUGAGAAGUCCUACCAAAUAUAUCAGUCGUGUGAUCUGAAGAAGGGUGAUGGUGGGGUUCUGUGCCUCCCAGCAGUUACAUGGUGCACAGAAAUCCUGCAAGUCCCCACUUUUCCUGCUGCAGAAAUGGGAAUGGCCCCUUCUUGAAUGCCUGCCUAUCACACAGCUGUUGGCGGCGCAGAACCUUGUUCCCAUAGAGGUGAAAGAGGAAGUGAGAAAGAGCGCCCUUCCUCAAACUUCCUCCUUCAGUUCUGUGCACUUUUCACAGGACAAAAGGUGACCCCACUCAGUGCCUCUUGGACCAAGGGGGCUAAGAAGCUUAGUGGGCUCUAGGGGAAGACCCUCCAGGGCUCAUGGGAACCAUGUUGGUACCCCCUGCCUUACAGGAGUCAGGAAAUGAUGAAAGCCCAUUCUUGGUCCUGUGCCUGGUAUUCUAACCCUCCCGCCCCACUUUUCCACCCUGUUCAGCUCCCAGCAGCAGCUACCGCAUCCUCUUGACGUUCAUGUUCAUGGACACUGAAUGCACCUAUGACUACCUGUUCAUCUACGAUGGAGAUUCUCCCAGCAGCCCUUUGCUGGCCAGCCUCAGCGGCAGCACCCUGCCCCCCACCAUCGAGGCCACCUCUGGCAAGGUACUGACCCCGGAGGUUGGAUGGGCUCAAGUUGCAACCAAUAGACAUAGGCCUGGACCCAUGGGCAUGGAAGGGCUCCGUGGCCUGUAGGUUUUGCUCUGGGGUUCGGGAGGUGGCCGUUCAUGAGUUUUUGUUGAGAUGAGGUUGGAGAUUGCUGCAUCCCGGGGAGAGGAGUGGAGACUCUGAGGGGCACACGGGGCACGUAGCUGUGGUCUCUUAAGGGACACGCGAGUCGUGUAAUUGUGAUCUUGGGUUACAUGUGGGGCAUGUAGCUGCGAUCUUGGCACCAGCCCGCCCUCUUAACUCCUUGGCAGAUGCUCCUGCACCUCUUCAGUGAUGCCAACUACAACCUCCUGGGCUUCAAUGCCACCUACACGGUCUCGCUGUGCCCAAUGGGCUGCUCGGGACACGGGAUCUGCAACAACGACGGGCACUGCACAUGCUUCCAAGGUUGGGGUGGCGAGGGCUGCUCCAUGCCUGACUGCGUCACCUACUGCCAGAGCCACGGCAGCUGCAGCCAGGUAAGACUUGAGACUUUCCAAGGAAUUUUAGAAGGAUGUUGGAUAGAAACUAAGAGCUUUUUAGCUGUAAUGCUUUAAGAGAUAUGAAAAAAGGCUUACAAUUGGGCAAAAGUUUAAUGGUAAGGAUUUGCUGAACUAAUAAACUGAACUGGAAUACAAAAAAGGGAGGUAUGAGGAGGUCCGGGGAAAUAAGUCUAGAGAAGAUAGGUUUGGAAAAUUAAUGUCUUUUUAACUGUUUUAUUUUGUAUGUUUCUUUUUUACUCUUUACUUUUUUGUUAUAUUUUAAAAAUUUUUACUCUUUUUUUCUGUAUUUUGUAUUUCUUCUAUUUUUUGUAACUUUAAUAAAUAUCAUUAAAAAAAAAAAAGACUUGAGACUUUCCGGAUCUCACCGUGCUUGCCCCAUAAAGAGUAUUUGUACCAGCCAAGUGUGUGUGUGUGGUGGGGGGUGGUCACCCCAAACUUCUUGCCCUAGACACAGCUUUCUCCUGUCUUUCUCCGGUAGCCUCCAUCUUGUAUUUCUCGAGUGGGGGCACACUUUUUGCAAAAUAAAAAAACGGAGAGACAAUCCGAAUUCAGUUCCAGGAACAACUGAGUUCUGCCCAGCUCUCUGUUCUGGAGUGUCUCGCCAGAGUGGUGCAUGCUCUGGUUAUCUCCCGCUUGGACUUCAAUGCGCUCUGCGUGGGGCUACCUUUGAAGGUGACCUGGAAACUACAACUAAUCCAGUAUGCGGCAGCUAGACUGGUGACUGAGAGUAGCUGCCGAGACCAUAUAACACCAGUCCUGAAAGAUCUACAUUGGCUCCCAGUAUGUUUCCGAGCACAGUUCAAAGUGUUGGUGUUGACCUUUAAAGCCCUAGACGGCCUCGGUCCAGUAUACCUGAAGGAGCGUCUCCACCUCCAUUGUUCAGCCCGGACGCUGAGGUCCAGCUCCAAGGGCCUUCUGGUGGUUCCCUCACUGUGAGAAGCGAAGUUACAGGGAACCAGGCAGAGGGCCUCCUCGGCAGUGGCGCCCGCCCUGUGGAAUGCCCUCCUACCAGAUGUUAAAAAACAACUAUCUGACUUUUAGAAGACAUCUGAAGGCAGACUUGUUUAGGGAAGCUUUUAAUAUUUGAUGUUUUAUUGUAUUUUAAUAUUUUGCUGGAAGCCGCCCAGAGUGGCUGAGGAAACCCAGCCAGAUGAGCGGGAAAUAAUAAUAAUAAUAAUAACAUUGCCUAAUCUCUGCUACUUUGUGUAAUCUUAUUCUGCAGUUUUUGUUAUUUUGCCUCAUUUUUUCCCUGGUUUUUGCUUCUCUUGGGGAACUCUUUGCAAGCACCAGAUCUUGGCCUGCUCCGUGUCUCUAAUCUUGGAAAUCUCAUUCGGAUGUCUCUCGGAUACCUGCAGUUUUGCUUUCAAGCCUAGACUCCUAGGCACAAGGGCUACCUUUCCCCCCUUGAGAUGAGUUUCUCCUCCCUGCCUGCGGGCCAGUGGCGCUUUGCAGGGAGCCUUACGUUUUGUUGUCCUGACAGGGUGUACUGCUUCUCCACAGGGCUCAGAUCAUUGCCGGUGCGAACCGGGCUUUGUGGGCCGGGCCUGUGACUUAGCCCUGAGCGAGAACCAAGGAGCCGGCAAGUGGUACAACGUCAGCGCCCGGGAUCCUAGUUUCCGGCCCCGCACGGCAGCGGCUGGUGCCUUCUUGCCCUCCACUGGAGGACUGUACAUCUUUGGAGGUCAGAAAUUAAGCCAGUUAUCCACUCCUGUGGGGUGGAAGGAAGGGAGCCGCUCUGGGCAUUUGGGGUCUGCAGUCCUGGGGUGCUUCCUUUCCCUCCUGCAGUCCCAAGGGGCGCUUCCUUCCUAUUCUGUAGCCCCAUGGCUUUUCUUCUUCCUCUCCAGGUUUGGAUCUGAACACGGCCCUGGGGGACCUCGUCUUCUAUAACUUCACCACCAACGUCUGGCAUCGGCGAGUGCUCAGCCCCUCUCCGGUAAGCGUCUUCUUUCCUUUGUCGCCCAGCAGCGAUUUAUGCGGCACUUUAAAAUUCUGUUUAUUUAGAAAAUAUAUAAACCACUUGGUUAGGGGGGAAAAUAUCAAGCAGUGUAUAAAUGAAAUGAUAACUAAAACAUGACUAAAACCCAUAAACCAAUUAAAAACAAGUACAGUACAGUGGAACCUCGUGCUACGUAUCACCCCCCUUAUGGAUGCUUUGGGUAACGUGCUCUGCUUAGCCGGAAGUAGAUUCCCGUAGUUGUGACUUGCCCCAGGAUGUGAGAGGAAGUCGUGUGCCGGUGGCACGGCAGCAGCGGGACGCUCCAUUAGCGAAAGUGUGCCUCAUGUUAAGAAUGGUUUUGGCUUAAGAACGGACCUCCAGAACAAAUUAAGUUCGUAACCAGAGGUACCACUGUAUAUAUAAAAUUGGCAUCAUUCUUUUUAAAAUAUGAAGUUUUUUUUUUUAAAAAAACUAUUAAAAAUAAGUAUAGAUUAAAAAAAUCUAAAGAAGGCCCUUUAGGCCCCAUGAACCUGAGAUUUUUAUAGCAUCCUCAUAAAAAUGUAAUGUGUGACUGCAUCAUCAUUAAUGUGUGUCUGCACACAUCCGACUUGGUGGAAUGCUCUGUCCCAUGAGACCAGGGCCCUUCAGGAUUUAACUUCCUUCUGCAGGGCCUGUAAGACAGAGCUAUUCCGCCUGCCUUUCAAUUUGAACUUAGCCCGAUCUUUUAUUCCCCUUCCUUCCUUUCCUCCCCCUCCCCUUUUUAUGAAGAUUACCCACCCACAGCUAACUCUCACCUGGUCUCCUCGCUGGCCCAAAUAGGACUAAUUUAGACAGCUAGCCCUGGCGAUCAUCUAAUUUUUAUUGGAUGGAUUUCCCCCCUAAAUUGAUUUUUGAAUUCUGAAUUUAUUGUUAUUCACGUUUUAUACUGUAUUUUAUGUAGUUUUUUGUUGCAUCAGUUAAGUGUUUUAAAUUUGUUGUUAGCCGCCCUGAGCCCGGUAAGGGCAUGGUAUAAAUAAAAAUGUAUUUUUAUUAUUAUCUCAGAGCCAGGAGGCUGCCCCUUGAGCCUUCCUUGCAGCUGUUUCAUGUGUGAAAUGGCCCUGGGGGGAAAUCUGCCCCACUGUGCCUUGAUCCCAUACCUCCCACUUGCCUAACUCCUUUGUCCUCCCCCUUUUACAGUCGGCCCGCCACUCCCACGUCGCCGUGGCAUGGGAGGGAUUCCUGGUCCUCUUUGGGGGCGAGCUGGCCAGCGGCUUUCUUACAAACGACGUCUGGAUGUACCUGCCCUGGGAAGGCCGUUGGCAGGAGCUGGUGCCCCUCAACACCACCUGGUUUCCUCCACCUCCUGGGCUGGCCGGCCACGCCUCUGCCGUAGUGAAUGAAUGGCUUUACAUAUUUGGAGGUGAGAGCAAGAAUUACAGAAUCUUAGUCCAACCCCCCUGCAAUGCAAAAAUCUCAACUAAAGCAUCCAUAGUCAUCCAGCCUCUGCCUAAAAGCCUCCAAUAACCUGAAGUGCAGCGACUUGAACGGGACGUGAAAAAGUAGAGUACUGGAAUACUUUGCCUCACCCACUACUACUACUACUACUACUACUAAUAAUAAUAGGAUUCCUUAGCUGCCUGUCACCGUAAAUUUCCAGGUGGGUGGCAACAGUAUAAAAACACAGGAUUAAAAUCAGUCAAAAUAAUCUAAAACCAGAAGACUAGGGUGGGUCCUGAAAGUAUCUAUCUGGGUUGUCAGAAGCCAGAGGUAAAUAAGUGCAGCUUCAACACGUGACAGAAAUGGUACAAUGGAAGUGCCUGUUACGGCUUGUGGGGAGGGACUUUCAUAGUUUAGGGCAGGCAUAGGCAAACUCCGGCCCUCCAGUUGUCUGGGACUACAAUCCCCAUCACCCCUGAGCAUUGGUCCUGUUAGCUAGGGAUGAUGGGAAUGGUAGUCCCAAACAUCUGGAGGGCUGAAGUUUGCCUGUGACUGGUUAUGGGGCUGUUACAGAGAUGGCCCUCUCCUGGGCGGCCACCCCCUGAGCUUCUGAGGGCAGCAAACCUACCAGGAGGGCCCCCUCUGCCAAUCUUAACACCCGAGAGGGUAUGUAGGAAAGGAGCUGAUUGCCCAGAUAUUCACGUGCUAAGUCAUUCAGGGCUCUAACCACUCACGUGAACCCCCUGAAUUGGACCUGGACACAAACUGGUGACCGGUUCAGCUGUUUUAGAGCAGAUUGCUGUGUGAAUUCUGUAUGGAACCCCAGUCAAGUAGCCUGGCUGCUGCGUUUCGGACCUGUGGAUGUUUCUGAGAUGUCUUCAAGGGCAGCCCCAAGCGGUGCACAUUGCAGCAGUCCAGCCCAGCAGUCACAUGAGCGUGGAGCAUGGUUGCCGAGUCACUUCUUUCCGAAAGGGGGCUUUAGCCAGUGAACCAGCCAGAGCUGGAAAUAGGCGCUCUUAGCCCUGCUAACUUGUUUCCCUUCCUUUACGCAGGCCGCACCUCGGUGGAUGUCUUUUCCUCACAGAUGUACCGCUUCCAUCUGAGGAUGUGGCGCUGGGAGUUGGUGGUGCCCUCAGGCGGCAAGGCUCCCGCAGCCGCAGGCCACUCCAUGGUGUUCCACGCAGCCUCCCGCACUCUCCUGGUUUACGGCGGGCACCGACCCUCAACUGCUCGGUAAAGAGAAAACUGGGAGUACUGUGGGCAUACAUACCAGGGGCUGCCACCCCUGCUCACUCCACCAACCAACCCCACCUAUCUGCCCUACAACUGGCCAAACCCUCCUCCCUUUACACCUCACCCACCCCUGCACACUCCUCUGUGAAACGUCCCGCAUCCUGCUCCUUUGAACAGCUUCCCUUGGCUGCCUGCUACCCAGUCGUAGCUUUCUAUUGGUGGCCAUUCAGACUGCAGCAUGACGGCAGCCUUACAAUUUUAUGUAUAUAGGAAGAUAUGUAUAUAGCAGAAGUAGAUCUUUUAUUUGAUCAGAUCAUCAAGGAAAACUGGAGCAAAAGGCCUUUGGGGGUUUGAUUUACAACUUCCUCUGCCCUAUUGAUGCAGGAAGUUGCCUUGGUUGGUACAGCUGGCAUAUAGACAAGGGAUGGGGAACCUGUGGCCCUACAGGUGGCACUGGACUACGACUCCCAUCAGCCCUAGCUGUUGGCCAUGCUGGCUGGGGUUGAUGGGAGUUGUAGUCCAGUAACCCUGGGAGAGCCAUAUUUUCCCCAUCCCUGAUAGAGGCUAAGUUCCCACCUUCUUCUCAGGUUAUUGAGUCAAUGCUUGUGGGUGCAAUUGCUUCCUUUAAAAUCUAUUUUUAUUGCAAAUAUAACAGGAAGGAAAAAGGAAGAGACCAUAUCAACUCACGUUAACUAUAAGAAAAACCCAGCAAUUCUAAUUUAAACAUAUGUGUUAAAAUAAACAGUCCCUCUGGGCAAAAUGAGAUUGAUGCUUAUGCUGUGGGCAGACUUGAGAUGAUGGAAACAUGAAGGGGGUGAUAUGAAUCAUAGAAUCAUAGGAUUUGUAGAGCUGGAAUUGUAUAGUUGGAAUGUCAACUCAAGCAUCCAUGGCAGAUGGCCACCUAACCUCAGCUUAAAAACCUCCCGUGAAGGAGAGUCUACAACAUUCCAAUGGAGUCCGUUCUACUGUCAAACAGCUCUUACUGUCAGAAAGAUCUUCCUGAUGUUUAGUCUGUACCUUCUGUACCUUCAGUCCGUUGGUUUGGGUCCUAGCCUCUGGAGCCUCUGAAGUCCAUUGGUUUGAGUCCUAGCCUCUGGAGCCGGAGAAACCAAGUUUGCUCCAUCCUCUGUGUGACAACUCUUUAGAUGUUUGAAGGUGCCUAUCGUAUCUCCUCUCAGCCUCCAGGCUAAACAUACCCAGCUCCCUCAACCGUUCCUCAUAAGGCUUGGUUUCCAGACCCUUGAUCACCUUGGUUGUCCUCCUCUGCACACGUUUCUGCUUGUCACUAUCCUCCUUCAUUUGUGGUGCCCAGAACUGGACACAGGAUUCCAUAAUAAUAAUAUAAUAACAAUUUAUUAUUUAUACCCCGCCCAUCUGGCUGGGUUUCCCCAGCCACUCUGGGCAGCUUCCAACAGAAUAUUAAAAUACAGUAACCUAUUAAACAUUAAAAGCUUCCCUAAACAAUGUCUUCUAAAAGCCUGGUAGUUGUUUUUCUCUUUGACAUCUGGUGGGAAGGCGUUCCACAGGGCGGGUGCCACUACCGAGAAGGCCCUCUGCCUGGUUCCCUGUAACUUGGCUUCUUGCAGCGAGGGAACCACCAGAAGGCCCUCGGAGCUGGACCUUAGUGUCCGGGCUGAAUGAUGGGGGUGAAGACGCUCCUUCAGGUAUACUGGACCGAGGCCAUUUAAGGUUUUAAAAGUCAGCAGCUACACUUUGAAUUGUGCUCAGAAACGUAUUGGGAGCCAGUGUAGGUCUUUCAAGACUGUUGUUAUGUGGUCUCGGCGGCUGGUCCCAGUCACCAGUCUAGCUGCCGCAUUCUGGAUUAGUUGUAGUUUCCAGGUCACCUUCAAAGGUAGCCCCACAGGUGUGGUCUGACCAAGGCAGGAAGAAAAGCUUACCUGAAACUCUCCUGCCCUCAGCUUCAGCGUGCGUGUGAACACCACCGACCUCUUCCAUGUGGACCUGCGCUAUUGGAGCACGUUGCGCGCGAAGGACUCGCACCGGGGACCUCGAGAGCGGGCCUUUCACUCUGCCACAGUCAUUGGCAACUACAUGGUUGUGUAUGGUGAGUAUGGCCUCUCCAGCCAGAGGGUAGGGGUGUGUGGAGGAAUGUGAGAAUUGGGGUGGGGGUCAGAUCUUUCCUUCCUCUUCCAAUACUGAAUAUUUGGGAAUUUGGGGAAGGGCCGUAGCUUGGUGGCAUAACAUGCCGAAGUUCUCAGGUUCAGUCCCCAUCAACAUCUCCAGGUAAGGCCGGCAGACAAUCCUGUCUGAAAUCCUUGAGAGCCGCUGCCGAUCUGUGUAGACUCUAUUGAGCUAAAUGGAUUCAUGCUCUGACUCAGUAUCUUCCUCUGUUCCUAAUCAUUUUUGGUGCAGAUAAUACAAACCAGUUUUCCACCAUUCCCCAAACCCCUGCCCUCCUCGCAUUGACCCUUUUCCUCCGACAGCCUGAGACACAGAAACUUGGCUCCCCAGGCCGUUUUAUUUGCAUGCCAGGCAAAGUUUCAUGUGCUAAAUUGCUGCAUAUCCAGGUUGGUGCUAAAGGCACAGGAGCAGAGCCAGGAAAAAGAACUGGCGACCCUGUUACCAAGUUUAGUACGGUAUUGUUAAAUUAACAUCGCCAAAGCUUCCAUUUCCUGUAAAAUUUCUGUUGUCUCAGUAAGGGAAAAGCCUGUAUUGAAGGAAGGGAAUAAGUACAGUCGUACCUUGGUUUUCGAACAGCUUAGUUCUUGAACACUGUGGCUCCCGAAUGCCACAAACCAGGAAGUGAGUGUUGCGGUUUGUGAACUAUUUUUGGAAGUCGAAUGACCGACGGGGCUUCCGUGGCUUCCAAUUUUCUGCAUGAGCUUCCUGCAGCCAAUCAGAAGCCGCGCUUUGGUUUCAGAACGUUUUGGAAGUCGAACGUACUUCCGGAAUGGAUUCCAUUUGACUUCCGAGGUACGACUGUAUUGCCCCCCGUCCCCCCGUCCCCAUAUCCCCUAUCAGUUGCUAUCAGUGGCUACUAGCCAUAAUGGCUAUGUACUGCCUCUGCAAUCAGGCGGCAAUGCUUUUGAAUGCCAGUUCCUGGAAACCACAGGAAGGGAGAGGGCUCAUGGGCACGAAUCCUGCUUGCCCAUUUCCCACAGACAUCUGGUUGGAGAAGAGGACUAGAUGGGCCUUUGGCCUGAUCCAGCAGGCUUUCCUUGUCUUCUUAGGCACUGGAAAUAGCUGGACAUUUUACUGCACCAUUGUACAUACAUAUAUAUUUUUCAUCAUCAUCAUCAAACCUUUUAUUGGCAUCACAUACAAACAUCCAUAGCAAAUCAAUACAGAAUUCCUUCCUUCCCAGUGACACAAAGCAGUCUAACAUUACAUCUCUAAGUUACCAGGGAGAUCAGACAUCUGCAGUGUGUUUUGACGACAAAAAACCAGAUAAAGAUAUUUAGCCAUUAACUUGGUGAGCUCCUGAUUAUUCCCCAGUAAUAGAAAAUGUAUGACCUCUAGCUCUGGUUUCCAUUUGGGGAUGCAGAGUUGAUCUAGGAACUGCUGGUGGAGAUCACCAUAUAGUUUACAUUUCAGAACCAUAUGUGUAAGAGUUUCCACCUGAUGGUCUUCACAUGGGCAAAUUCUUUCUCCAUCCACCAUUCCCAAGAACCUUCCCCAUAGGAGGUUUGAAGGAUUUGAAUUAAACCUGGCCAGCGAAAAUGCCCUUCUUUCUUGAGGAUUAAAAAUUCAAGAUAAUUGUGGUUAAUUUCAUAUGCCCAAGAAAGUUGAAAGUUAAGAGGGGAACAUGUUUUCUCUGCUGCUGCUGUUAGUUCCUGGCGUUCAAUGUCCCACAACCUAGUUUUUAUUAUAAUAUAUAUUUUUGCUUCUCUUCCCCUUCCUAUCCAGGGGGAAACGUCCACAUCCACUACCACGAGGAGAAAUGUUACGAGGACGAAAUCUUCUUCUACCACCUGGGCUGCCAUCAGUGGGUCUCCAGUCAUGAUCUGGCGCCUCCACUCUCCCACGGUGAGGGAAGGUUCUGAUUCUAGGAAAUUGCACUCGCCCUCUUAGUUUGCUGCAGGGUCGUGAUGGUGCCACAGAAUUUUUAGUGGUCAACUUCCCUAUAGAAAGAGCACUUCUGUAUCAAGUACUCUGGGGAGGAGAGAAGUUCCACAGGUCCAGCUUCUCUCAUCGCAGCGUUGAAAGGAAAGCGGGCACCUGAGCUUGGUGAGCAUCCUUUUGCCACAGAGCUCGUAAAGCAGGAGCCCGUAUCCCUCUUAUAUCUCUCCUCGUUCUCCAGCUCCCAUCAGCCUCAUCCAGCCCUGCCAGUGGUCGGGACUGAUGGGAGUUGUAGUCCAGCAACAGCUGAACCAGAUCACAGAUUGCUCAUUCCUCUUGCAAAGGAACAAAAAAAAAAAAUUGGUGGUUUUUUUUUAAACGGAUAGUGUAAUCGGUGACUUUUGAUCUGUCACACCAAAAAUCAAGCCAAAGUUAAAUUUUCGUCUGCCAUCUUGAUUCAAAAUGGCUCCCAAAUAUUGAUGAAGACCCCCCUCCAGCCCACCUCAGGAACUCUCAUGCUCUGUUUGGUGAUGAUAUCUCAAGAGAUGGACGAACUUACGCCAAAAAAAACGGGCAAGGUCAUGCCAAAGUCACAUUUUGGUCCACCAACUUGUAACCUAGUGACCAGUUGGUGACGAAGACUGCUGCCCCCACCUCAGAACACUCAGGCCAAGUUUGGCAACGAUAUCUCGAGAAGUGGCUAAACCCACGGGGAAGAGAUAGACAGACAAACCAUUUCCCAAAAUGUAUAGUUUUAUAUGGCACCCUAUAUUUCCCGGGCCCCAAUUCCAGCGCCUUGUUGUGACACCGCAAUAGGCUGCCCUUGACCUGGUCUCUUUUUCCUUCCCUCAGAACACGAGGCCAAGACUCAGGCCCAGGCGCGAGGCCGCUACUCCCAUGUGGCCGCAGUCAUGAACGGGAACGUGCUGGUUGUGGCUGGCGGCUACAGCGGGGUGCCGCGGGGAGACCUCCUAGCGUACAAGGUGCCCACUUUUGUCUUCCAGGUGCCUUCUCAGAUGGUAAGUGACUCUGCCUCCCUUAACCCCUUCCCUUCCCCUGCUUCCGAUGGGCUUGCUUGACCGUGGGCCCAUCGAAACCUCAGCAUCCUAAGAGCUGGCCUGUCCCCUGUGCUCAAGGAGAGGGCCUUCUGGUCUUAACCAGGCCAACCACAUACACCCCAGUUAGGGCCUCUCAGAUGUAUACUUUUAACUGUAAAAUCGUAAAACUGGGAAAUUUUACAAAUAAAUGCAUGAGACUUGGGGUUCAUUAGAGAAUUAGGCUGGUUAACUUGCUCCAGGAAGUAAUGGUCUCUCCUGAGGUGUUCAUGUACGCAAUUCCUUUCUUCCCUCUGUUCUGUGCUUUAUACACCUGUUGAAAACCCUUAUUUUCCUCCAAGCUUUCUCCAGAUGAACUGUUGUUUUAGUUUGCAACUGAUAGUCUAUGCAAUGGAGGAAUUCUAAUUAGGCUUUGAAAUUUUGUUUUAUGAUUUACGUGUUAUGUUCCCCUCCCUCAGUACUCUUAUUCACCGCUUAAGAUUAUUUUAUUUUAUUUUAUUUAUUGCUUUAUUUAUAACCACCAGGGGUGUCUGGUGAUUUGUGGAAACAAACAAACAAAAAACUGUGCUUUUAAAAUGGACAGCACAGUUUGUGAUUUUGGACCCGCUUCCCAAAAAUCAGGUGAAGUCACACCAAAAGUGUUAGUCCGCCAUCUUGAUUCAAAAUGGUGCCUGGUGCCCCAAACAUCAACAGAGUCUGCUAGCCCCCACGUUGGAAACUCCCAUGCCAAACUGGAGAUGUGCUUAUCAUUGUCACAUUAUUCUAUAUCAAGCUGUCUGUAACACCUUAAAAUAGAUACAUUAAAAAAUAAAGAAUGUGUGUUGUUGCAGAGUCAGUCUUUGCAUUCUGCUGGAGGGCAGGGUGUGGGGGGCAGGAGCUGCACACCCUCCCUUUGUGUGGGGCACUUUGUAAGGCAGCAUCGCCGAGUGCCUUACUGGAUGCAGGACUGACCUGAGGGGUCACUGACCCACACCUUUGCUUCUUCCCCCACGGCUUCAGUACCACUUGGACUACUGCUCCAUUUACACUGAAAAAACCACGUGUGCCAAGGACCCAGAAUGUGCCUGGUGUAUGAGAGGCUGCCAGAGUACCCAGCCCCACAGCACUGUGAGUAAUUUGGGGGGGGGGUCAGCAGUUUAGACCACAGCACCACUCGCGUCUCUUGGACUUUCCGAUCGGAAGGUCGGCGGUUCAAAUCCCCAUGACGGAGUGAGCUCCCGUUGCUCUGUCCCAGCUCCUGCCAACCUAGCAGUUCGAAAGCACGCCAGUGCAAGUAGAUAAAUAGGUACCGCUCGGUGAAGGGUACCGUAUUUUUUCGCUCUAUGGGACCACUUUCCUCCCCAAAAAUGAAGGGAAAUGUGUGUGUCCUAUGGAGCCGGAGUGCAGGCUUCCGCUGAAGCCUUGGAGGGCGGAGAGGCAUCGGUGCGCACCGACCUCUCGCUCUCGGGACUCAGGAAACUAUCCGCAAGCCUUGCAAGCCCGGUGGGAGUUCCAGCGGGCUCACCAAGGCUGCAGGCAGCAGCCGGCGGUGUCUGCAGACGCGCGCGCCGGCAGGAGUCCCGCCGGCGGGCCCCGCGGGCUCAGCCGCCCGAAGCACGGGGGCCCUCCGGGCUCCCCGUGCCCAGCGUGUCUGCGCGCCCGGCAGGAGGUCCCGCCGGCGCGCGGGGCUUGGGGCAGCAGCCUGUCGCCCGGCACGGGGGCCACUGGGCUCCCCGGUGCCGGCGAGUGCCACACACACAAGCCUUGGGGGCCCGGCAGGAGGUCCCGCCGGCGCGCAGGCUGCGGGGCGGCAGCCUGUGCCCCGGCACGAGGCCCUCCGGAGGCUCCCGUGCUGGGCGGGUCUCUGGCCUUGCGCGCCCGGCAGGAGGUCCCGCCGGCGCCGGGGCGGCGGCGUGUCGCCCGAGCACAGGAGCCCUCCGGAGGGGCUCCCGUGCUUCCCCGGGCGGUUGUUCUGCAAGCCUUGCGCGCCCGGCAGGAGGUCCCGCGCGCAGGAGCUGGGGCGGCAGCCUGUGCGCCCGAGCACGGGAGCCUCCGGAGGACUCCCGUGCCGGCAGUGUCCUACUAGCCUCGCGCCGGUGGAGGUCGCGGCGCGGGAGCUGGGCGGUAGCUGCAGCCCGGAAGCACGCGGGCUUGGGGCGGCAGCUGGAGGGGGGCAAUUUUUUGUUCCCCCCCAAAAAAAUGAGGUGCGUCCUAUGGGCCGGUGCGUCCUAUAGAACGAAAAAUACGGUAAACGGCGUUUCCGUGCGCUCUGGUUUCCGGCACGGUGUUCCGUUGCACCAGAAGCGGUUUAGUCCUGCUGGCCACAUGACACAGAAAGCUGUCUGUGGACAAACACCGGCUCCCUCGGCCUGAAAGCGAGAUGAGCAUCACAACCUCAUAGUCACCUUUGUCUGGACUUAACCGUCCAGGGGUCCUUUACCUUUUUUUACCUUUAACUCUGGGGGUGUGGGGUGCGUGACAAUCUGGAGAUGAGUAGCUGUGCAUGGACAGAAAUGGAAAUCUCACUGGUUGUCCACUGUGAGAUGGUGGGAGUUGUAAUUUGGCAACAUCUGUAGCGCACUGUGCUGGCUACUGGGAGUGCAAGCUUUUAGGGCUCAUUAGUGUCUUCCCCCUCCUUCUCCUCAGUGCCCCAAUACUGGCUGCCUGGGCUUGGCCCGCCUCUUAGUUGACUGCCAGUCCUGCCUGGCUUUCGGCGGCACCAACGCUUCUCUGCCUCGUGCCCCGGGACCCUUUGGCUGGUGUGUGCAGAACGAGACCUGCAUGCCUCUCUCAGGUAAGUGAGCCAAGCCGGGCCAUUCUGCCUGUUGCCACAAACCCGAGUUUACGAGGCACACUUCUUAAAGUGACAUUACAAAUAAUGCUCUUUUGGGGCCACAGGCUUGCCACAAGCUUGGGAGCAAGUUGACAGGAAUGAACACUGUAUUCCUCAUUGUUGUUUUUAAAGAGAUUAAAAAUAAUGAUAAAUAAUAGAAGUUGUAUAUCGCCUUUGAUUUCAAGAAGGAAAACCAAGGCAGUUCACUGCCUCAGUGAGGGAGAAUGGGAAGCAGGGACUCACUUCAUCUACUUUGCUGACGGAAACUCCAUUAGGCAGGCACCACCUACCUCUGAACUGCUGCAGCUGGGCAUUAUAAGAACCUCUGUUUAAGAGCUGGGAUGCUUGAGUUUUAUUUUUUCCUCUUCCCUCCAUUUCUUUUCCCCUUGUGUGCCUUUCUUUAAAGGACUGUAAGCUUGCAGGCAGGAACCGCCUUCUCUUAACUGAGUGCAUGUGAGACACUUUGAGACUCUUUUUGGCUGAAGAAUGGGUUGCAAAUGCUCUUAAUAAUAAUAUUUAAAGACACCCUGAAGCAAUUUAUUCAAAACGCUGAAACGUCUGUACAGUGGUACCUCGCAAGACGAAUGCCUCGCAAGACAAAAAACUCGCUAGACGAAAGGGUUUUUUGUUUUUUGAGCUGCUUCGCAAGACGAUUUUCACUAUGGGCUUGCUUCGCAAGACGGAAACGUCUUGCAAGUUUGUUUCCUUUUUCUUAACACUGUUAAUACAGUUGCGACUUGACUUCGAGGAGCAACUCAUAGAACGCGGUGUGGUAGCCUUUUCUGAGGUUUUUAAAGACUUUGGUGAUUUUUGAAGCUUUUCCAAAACUUUCCUGACACCGUGCUUCGCAAGACGAAAAAAAUCGCAAGACGACAAAACUCGCGGAACGAAUUAAUUUCUAGUCUUGUGAGGCACCACUGUAAUUUAAAUGCAUAAUAAACAAGCCCAUUAAAGCAGCAUAGCAGUGAAAAUCAAAAAUAAAAACAGGAGAUUCAGAUCAGGAGAAUGCUUGUCCAAACAGGUGUGUCGUAAGGAGCCGGCACCUUUCAUAUUUCAACAGAAACCGUGUGCUGAAGAAAUCCACUGUCCGACACUCCUGUUUCCUUUUCCUCCGCAGAGCAGGGCAGGUGCCAGGUGGGGAAAAUCUCUGGGACCUAUGGCUGGUGGGGUCCUCAGCCCUUCUUUGUCACUUCCUUGGCUCAAUGUCAGCAUGAAAACUUCCUCCCCGGCCUCCACCUCAUCACCUACCAGCAGCCACGCAACGAUUCCCAGCCUGAUAAGGUAAUGGCGAGAGGGGGGUCUUCCGAUUUAUAUACACAGUCAGCAGAUUGAUUGAUUGAUUGAUUGAUUGACUGAUUGAUUUAUCGGUUGCAUUUCUUUGCCGCUUUCCAGUCAAAUGAAUCCCAAAGCAGGUUGCAAGCAAUAAAUAACAAAAAGCAUAACAUCACAAGUACAGCAUAAAUCAUAUAAUAUAAUUAACAAAUCGUCUGUAAACCAAUUGCAGUCUAUAAAACACAAUUAACAAACAGGCAAUUAGAAUAUAAGCUAAACAUCACAAUUACAGCGUUAGUCGUACCAUGCGAUUAACAAAUCAAUAAGGCAUUUAUAAUCUGUAAAACGAUAUUAACAAGAUAGCAACUAAAAAGUAAGCUAAACGCUAUUAAAUUCAUACACAACACAACACAUUCCCUCCCUGCAAUGACUCAUAAUUUUUCACUCUGCUGUGUUCAUUAAAAGACACACGCAUCCAUCACACGGGAGGGCCGUGAUCUGAAUACAGUGCAAUUUAAUUUAACUCGGCUCCAUAAUAGGUUAUCUGUAAUUAAAACAUUCAGAAAAGUAACCUAUUCAAAAUAUGGGGUUUUUUUAAUUAAAAAAAUAUUACGAUACACUUGGGAAGAAAAAAUAUGAAAUAAAAUAAUGUCCAAUUUGUUGAUUGAUUGAUUUACACAUCUUUCCCCACAAUUCUUCAGGAAGUUGGAUGCCACAGAUAUUUUAUUUUUCAUUUAUGACUGCGUUUAUAUCCCCUCUUUCCUUCAAGGAGAUCAAGGUGGCAGAUAUGGUUCACCCCCUCCCCAUUUUAUCCUCCACACAACCCUGCUAGGUAGGUGAGGCUGAGAGGCGACAGCAGGCCCAAGGUUACCCAAUGAACAUCACGGCUGAGGGAGGAUUUGAACCCUGGUCUCCCGGGUCCUAGUCCAACGCUCUUAACCAUCAUGCUAAGUCUUUUAAUGCCAUUAAGUCUCUGGCAGAUAACAUAAAGCUGGGAGCUGGGCAGGGACAGUGCUGGUUCCGCCGUACCUCUCAGCAGCUUUCGAUAACAUCGACUACAGUAAUCCUUCUUGACUGCCUGGUCUGGAUGGGACUCUGGGGUACUGUUUUGCCUUUUCUCUUGCCCUAUCUGAAGAGCAAACCCUCUUAUUUCUUUCCCCGAAACAGUAAUUUAAUAACCACCUAAUUUGCCAUUUCCCCCAACUUUCUCUGAGUAUGCAGUGGCUAUUGAACUGAUGGCCUGAGUGGUGCCAGGUGGGCGAUGCCACCCAGCUCUGGGCAAUGAAGAGAAGCGGUAGGGAGACCAGCCCUAUCAAGGUGGUCUUACCCCGCCCUGGACUCUGCAGGAGAUCAGCCUGUGACAACUGUCCCUCUGCCUAGGUCUCCAUCGUCCGCAGCACCACGAUCACCCUCAACCCCAGCACGGAGAUGGACGUCUCCCUGGUCUACAAGGGCUUCAUUCACCCGCUGGUCAGCAGCUCCGGACCUGGCGAAGACAUCUCAAUCUGGGCACGCAUCCAGCGCCUCUUUGUGAUUGCCAAGCUGGCCCGGGUCCCUGGCGCGUCGGAGCUGGUAAGGAUACAACAGUCCGGGGGCAGAACUGGGGUUUGAAGCAUACGACAGGGAGAUAAGGUGCCGCAGGGUAUGGAAUAUAUAUACCUUAAUGUCAGCAAGACAAAGGAGAUGGUGUUGGACUUUCGGAGGAAGAGAGGAGAACUAGCCCCGCUGUACAUCAGGGAGGGCUGUGUGGAAAGAGUCUCUUCCUUUAAAUUCCUAGGAGUUUAUCUCAGUGAAGACCUUACUUGGAAAAUCAAUAUAACCCAGGUGGUUAAGAAAGCCCAACAGAGACUCCAUCUCCUCAGAGUACAGUGGUACCUCGGGUUAAGUACUUAAUUUGUUCCAGAGGUCUGUACUUAGCCUGAAACUGUUCUUAACCUGAAGCACCACUUUAGCUAAUGGGGCCUCCUGCUGCCGCCACGCUGCCAGAGCACAAUUUCUGUUCUCAUCCUGAAGCAAAGUUCUUAACCUGAAGCACUAUUUCUGGGUUAGCGGAGUCUGUAACCUGAAGCGUAUAUAACCUGAAGCGUAUGUAACCUAAGGUACCACUGUCUGCUUGAAAGGUUCUGGGGCAGCCUUCCUCUUCCCCAUCCAUCAUGGCCGGUGGUCAGAGAUCAGAGUUGUACUCCCCAUGGGGCCUAUGAGAGAGAAUGUGGGGGGCCUUAAGAGCUAAGGAAGAGUCUGAACCAGGUGAGAGUAGCCAAUGGAUCUCAAACCCGUGGUGAGCUAGGGACUUUCCUGGCAUGCAGAGACAGACUCUGGUGGAUUGAGCAGACGGGACCAAGAUUGGGUCCAACCGUCAAGAAGGUGGUUUCUACACCUGCUGUAGAGGGAAGUGAGGGGCAGAUGGGGCUUGUCCACCUGGGAAGGUGGCCCAUCUAGGAGAAGGCAAACUUUGACCCUAAACCUCUGCUGCCUUGUGGGAUAUCUUCAGGAGAGAUCCCUGCAAAAACCCGGAGUUCAGUCCCUAAGACGGUUGGAUAGAGUCUUGUGCGCCUCCUUCCGGCAACACCUGCCGCCCAGCCGGUGCCAAAUGUCUUGCUCUGCUUUCCUUUGGACUACAUCAGUGAGUCUGAGAGGGGGGUCUCAUCACCUGGGCAGCCCAGAACCUCCACACUGCCCAAGCUUGGACUCCCAAGGAGAUUACUUUGGCACUGCUAACACAGUGGCUUGACUUCACCCUCAGAAGUGCACUCCAUUGUCACCCAGCAAACUUCAUGGCCAACUGGGGAUUUGAACCCUUGUUUCCCAGGCCUUAGUACCACACUUUAACCACUGCUACAUGAUGCCGUUUUAAGUACGGUCAUACCUCGGGUUACAGACGUUUCAGGUUGCGUUUUUUCGGGUUGCGGACCGCCGAAACCCGGAAGUACUAGAACGGGUUACUUCCAGGUUUUGACGGUCGCGCAUGCACAGAAGCGUUAAAUCGCGCUUUGUGCAUGUGCAGAAGCGCCGAAUCGCAACCCGCGCGUGCGCAGAUGCACCGCUGCAGGUUGUGAACACUGCGGGUUGCAAACGUGCAUCCCACACGGAUCACGUUUGCAACCCGAGCGUCCACUGUAGUGUUAAAAUGGUUCCGAUUCAUAGCAUUUGGUGACCAUAAUCAAACAUAGGCAGCGGCCCAGUCACCAGAAACCCCCUUUUUUAAAAGGAGAGUAAUGGGGGGCUGGUGGGGGAGACCAGCUCGCCUGCAGGAGACUCUUACACUUAAAGGCAGGUGAGCAAGCAAGCAAGCAAGCAAGCAAGUAAGUAAGUAAGUGCAUCUUUGUAAAGCUUCCCCAACUUCUGACUGGCUUUGAAAGCCACUCUAGGCUGCAGAACUUGCUCUUCCUAUCCCUCCCGCCUUCCCUUUCAGGAGGAGGUGGGCCGCUGGGCAGUGCAGCAGGAGAAAGAGAAGCGGCUGCUGCAGCGCCCCGGGGCUGAGCGCCUCUUCCCCAGCACCGAGAGGGGCAAUAAGUACACCGUCCUGGUCGAAGGCCACCUCAACAACUCUGGCAACGGGCAGACGAGCGAGCUGACCCUCACGUGGGAUCGCACAGGAGUGCCCGGGGGCAGCGUGAGUAUUUUGCCCUCUGCGUGGGGAGAGGUUCACAGCCUCGCUCGUCUUCAGGGACUUCGAGCGCAGAACCCACUGCUUUCUGGUUCAUGUUGCCACGAGCUCAGACUGCUGCCGUUGACAAGGGAGGAGGUUCGGCAGCUUUUUAGGAAUAUUCAGGAUCCGGGAGGAACAGGAGGAGGGGAGAGGGUUCUUGUGCUUUUGGGCUUCCCAUGGGCUUUUUUUUUAGUGUGGCACUUUGGAACUCCCUGCCAGUUGACACCAGCUGUACUCUUUCCUGCGCCUGCCAAAACAUUUUUCUCUAUGUAGACAUGUAGAAUGUUGACAUGUGUUUUUAGUAUAUCGCUGAUAUUAAUGAAUUUUUAUCAUAUUUUUUAUUAAGUUUUCCAAAAAUUGAACACAUACAUUUCAGUACAUAGUAUAACAUUUUUCUUUGUUAUUUUUUUGUCAACUUCCCACCCCCUUUUCCACUGUGUUUUUAUUACUCUCCCUCUGUUGCGCCCUGUCUUGUGUCUCUUUUAUCAUAUAACAACACUGCUAUAAUCUUCAAGUUCUUCUGUUGCUCACAGUUCAAAUCCUGCUAACGUAUUCAUCAUAUAAGAAUAUUUCUUUAAAUUGUCCGAAAAAGAAGAUGUUAAUUAUUAUUUUUUCUAUAAUUUUUAUUAAAUUUUCUGUUUUACGUUUUAAAAUAUUCAUUUAAACAACCUUAAAAUAUCAGUGACUUCCCUUCUUCUCUUUCCAUGGUUCAUUUUGCGUAAUAUAAAUCCCUGCAUAUUUUGUAUAAACUAAACCAUUCAGCAUUCCAUUAUUACAUCCAUCAGAACUUAUUUACCCUGUUGAAUUUAUCUUAAUGCUAACAUCAAGAUGUUAAUGAUUUUUUGAAGUUUUACAAUUGUUGUUUUUUACUGGUUAUUUCCAUGCGUUCUUCUUGUAAGCUGCUUUGAGGUUGGUUUGUUUCUUAAACAAUCAAGUGGUAUAUAAAUUUUAAGAAAUGAAAUAGAAAUAAAGGAAGAAAACCUCGCUCGCUGCAUCCCCUCCGAUACAGAGAGAUGUGGCGAUGUUUAUACCAGGUGAUGCUUAUCUUCGUUUCUCUUCUCCUGCCAGGAGAUCUCUUACUUCUUCCUGGAGCCUUAUCGCUCAGAGCUGUGCGCCACCUACCGCUCCUGCCUGGCUUGCCUGGCCGACCAGGGUUGCGGCUGGUGCCCGGUCAGUGCCACCUGCCACCGGCGGCUGGCGCAUAAGGACGAUGCCGGCGGCUGUGGCGCUGGCAGCGUGCGCCUCAUCCUGGCCCCCGGCAACUGCAUCCUGUGCGAGGACUACCGAGACUGCCACGCUUGCAGCAAGGUGAGAGGGAUAUGGCUUGCGGGUUUGUGUGUUUCUUGGGGCAGAGCCUUUUUUGGAGAGGGGGAGGCAGGUGCAGUUCAGUGCAGCAGGGAGGACCAUUGUAUUUUCAACAAUAUCUGUGCACGGAGAACGAUGGGUCUGAUCUGUCUAGGGUAAGUUGUUGUCAAUGAAACCCAUUUCUCUGCUGAGGGAUAAAAUCUUAAAGGCAUAGGAGCAAUGGAGAUGGAUUGUUGACUCUGCAUUACAGCGGUUACAUCCGAUACCCUUUCUUUCUUUCUUUCUUUCUUUCUUUCUUUCUUUCUUUCUUUCUUUCUUUCUCUCCCCCCCCCAUUUAUAUUUUAUUAAAUUUCACAUAUACACCCCAAUACAUAAAAAUCUAUCUUUUCUUUUGUUGACUUCCCACUCCAUUUUCCAUGGUGUUUUUGUUAUCCUCCGCUGUUCCUGCUCCCUAUCUUCUCUCUCUUAUAUCACAAUGACAAUCUCUUAAUUCCUUCUGUUGCUCAUAAUUCAAACAGGGUGGAUUUGAUUUAAAUCACUAGUCAGACUCAUUCUUUCUGGUAUAAUCUUUAAUAUUUACAACCAGAUAAAGGUUUCAUUUUUGGAAUAAUGAAUUUUCAGAUUAGUUUUUGCAGUUUUAUCAAAAAUUACUGAUUUGGUUACACUAUUAGAAAUACAUAAACAGAUAAUUAUGAAAUUAUUGUGAGGUUUAAUAAGUUAACUGUUUAUAUUUGGACAACUUUUCUGCUGUACUUUAUUGGAAGGAGAAAAACAAUCAUUUCCUUAAUAACAAUUUAGAUAAUUUAUUUAAAUAAAACAAUAACAUUAUAGCAUGUUUGUUAACUGAUGUGGGAAACAAGCCAAAACCUUAGAGUGAGUUUCAGCACACAUGAAAAACUUAAAACAAAUCCUUAGUUCCUGAUGAAUAGCCUUUGGACUAUAAUGUAACUUAAACUGAAAACUAUCUUUAGAAAGAUUCUUCCUCCAAAAGCAUUUUAUUUUAAAAUUUUAAAAAGCCUUUCUAAUUUUUUUUUUAAAAUCAUUGAUUUUUAUCCAUCCUGUGGAUAAAUGGGGGAGAGUUCUCUUGCAUGAGUGUAAAUCCUUGCACUUACGGAACGAGAGACUUGGCACUCAUUUGGAUGUGAGCCCCACGCUUCCUCUUUCGUUCCCCUGCUCCAGGACCCGUUCUGCGAGUGGCAAGUGAACAGCAGCAAGAAGGGGGACUUCCUCUGCAGCCGCCGGGGCCGCCUCCCCAGUGCGAUCCGCUCUCCGAAGGACUGCCCCAAACUCUGCAACCAGUGAGUGAGCCAUGGGGGCAGCGGGAAGGUUUGGGAUAAGGCCGCAGUAGAAAGGAACCUUGGUCAGACUCUGCCUUCCCGAGCACGAAGGCCACAAACAGAAGUGGACGAGAGCUAGGUCAAGAGAGCAAGGGGCAGUCCGUGGCUGGGGCUGAGGUGCCAGCCAGCAGAUGGGAGACAUGUAGCCUUGCAGGGAAGAAGGCAGCAGGGAAAACUAGAAAAGGGAAGCUUGGAAGUAUUUGGGGAGUCCUCUGGGACGUGGGUGGUGCUGUGGGUUAAACCACAGAGCCUAGGACUUGCCAAUCAGAAGGUUGGCGGUUCAAACCCCCGCGACGGGGUGAGCUCCCGUUCCUCGGUCCCUGCUCCUGCCAUCCUAGCAGUUCGAAAGCACGUCAAAGUGCAAGUAGAUAAAUAGGUACCACUCCGGCGGGAAGGUAAACGGCAUUUCCGUGCGCUGCUCUGGUUCGCCAGAAGCAGCUUAGUCAUGCUGGCCACAUGACCCGGAAGCUGUACGCCGGCUCUCUCGGCCAAUAAAGCGAGAUGAGCGCCACAACCCCAGAGUCGGCCACGACUGGACCUAAUGGUCAGGGGUCCCUUUACCUUUACCUUUACUGGUUGCUCAGGUCAGAAAGCUCGCUCUGAUCCAGCAUCUAAUGCCCGCUCUUCACCAGUGGGGAAGCAGCAGCCCUGUCUUAUCUUCAAGAAGCCUGAGAUCAUGGAAUUGUAGAAGUGGAAGGGAUCCUGAUGGUCAUCUAGUCUGACCCCUUGCAGUGCAGGAAUCAAAGAUGCUGGAUUCCUAGCACAGCCUGGACCUGGGAAGCCCUGGUUCAAGCAGCGGCAGAACCAGGGGAAAAAAUCAGGAAGUGGGCGCCCCAGGGCUGGAUUAACCAUUACGCAAAGUAAUGCUUAGGGCAUCAAGGGGACACCACAGAAAUUUUCCAUUGUUGGAUUUCUAACAUUAAUGGUCUCAAAUUGCUCGUUUUCUCAGUUGGAGCAUAUUAAAAAUCCCAACUGAACAACUAUGCAACAAGACAGGCUGGAUUCCUUAUCUCUGCCAAGUAUAGAGGCAGAUAUGUUAUGUAAGAUUAGUUUUGAGGAUCUGACUAUGCAAUUAGAAAAACUAUGCAAGACUAUGCAAUUAGAAAAAAGCAGGAGGGGAAAAAUCAGAUAUAAAGCAGAAGUAUACAAAAAUAAACAUUCAUUUUCCAUCGUACCGUAGGUUUUGUUUCAUUUUGAGUUUUAUGGUUUAUUGUUGUUUAUAGUUUGAAUUAGAUAUAUAUGGGGGCACCAAAGUCUUUUUAAGUGUUUAGGGCCUCUAAAGGUCUUAAUCCGGCCCUGGAAGGUGUAGAAGGGGCAAAGUAGCUCUGAGAGCGGGUCUUGAAAGCAUUGGUUUCUCCUCUCAUCUUCCAGGCGCAAUACCUGCUCCGAGUGCCUCUCCAACUCCAGCCAGUGUGCUUGGUGCCAGUCCACACGUAGCUGCUUCUUCUUCGCUGCCUACCUGGCCAAAUACCCCUAUGGAGACUGCCGCGGUUGGUAUGACAGGUAUGUUGGGCAUGCAGCAGGAAGACUCGGGGCGUGAGGAAGUCACGGUCUCCUUCGUGGUUGUUCGGCGGAAAGAAGAAAGGCAGAAUCUGCACAGGCUCAGAGGAGCUUCCCUCUACUAGCAGGCCGCAGUUUGGAAGAGCAACACUCCUGGCUCAUAAAAAUGCUAGUACAGUGGUACCUCGGGUUACAAACACUUCAGGUUACAAACUCUGCUUACCCGGAAGUAGUACCUCGGGUUUCAGAACUUUGCCCCAGGAUGAGAAUGGAAAUUGCGCUCCGGCGGCAGCGGGAGGCCCCAUUAGCGAAAGUGCACCUCAGGUUAAGAACGGUUUCAGGUUAAGAACAGACCUCCAGAACGAAUUAAGUUCGUAACCCGAGGUACCACUGUAAUAGGGAAAUCUCCGGUUUCCACAAGGAAUUAAACAAAUACGGGCGAGCCGCAGCCCAAGUUAUGUACCGCAUGAGGGGAAGUGGUAGUGGAAAAGGAGAUGGCGAUUUACAGUGGUACCUUUGGUUAAGAACUUAAUUUGUUCUGGAGGUCCGUUCUUAACCUGAAACGGUUCUUAACCUGAGGUACCACUUUAGCUAAUGGGGCCUUCCGCUGCUGCCGUGCCGCCGGAGCACGAUUUCUGUUCUCAUCCUGAAGCAAAGUUCUUAACCCGAGGUACUAUUUCUGGGUUAGCGGAGUCUGUAACCUGAAGUGUCUGUAAGCUGAAGUACCACUGUAUUCAUUCAUUUGUUCCACAAGAUGCAUACUGGCAUCCCAUUUAUGCUGGAGUUACGCUCCGAGGCACCACACCCCUCAGUGAAAUUGUGUAUAUUUGAAACACCAUUGAGAGAGCCUGCAAAUACCCCUGAAAAAUAUUUUUGUAGCUGGUUCCCAGUUCCUGAGAAAGAGGGAAAGAAGUAGCGUGAAUACUUAAAUUUUAAGACAAUUUAUUUAUAUCAAAAUCAGAGUCACCCAAUUGAGAAAUUAAGUUGCUAGGCAUCAGGUUACUAGCCCCCGGGACCCUCUUCCCUCUUUUCCUUCUAUCUCGAACCCAGUGCAUGCAGGAGCUGCUCACCAACCUCUUUCUCCCCCCUCCUCUCCUCCCCCCUCCAGCGUGCACUCUGUGCCCCAGUGCCUGGACUGCACCCGGUUCAACACCUGCCGGGAAUGCCUGCAGAACUUUGAAUGCGGUUGGUGCGGCAACUCAGACAACCCCACCUUGGGCAGGUAAGACUCAUGUUUACAAUGGUUCUUCUUGUCAGGAGCUCAUCCUACACUUGAGUAGGACCCUGGCAGAGACACAUGCCCGACUGGCAGCUUCCCUCCCCCCUGGUCUUUCGUUUGGGAGCUUCAUAAGCUUUCUUCAGCCUGAAUAUCACAGUGACCGACGCCAACAGACACUGGCACACUUAGGAAUCCGCAGAGUCUUUGCAGCUUUCGUAACAGACCUCAGCAACUCAGCAUUUUGGCUAACAAGACAUGAGAGACAGUUUCUACCCCCAUCAAGCCACAGGGGCAGACUCAUUCCACAUAUGGUUUACCCUCGAAUCUGCCCUGCAAUAACUUCUUCCUUUUUCCCUCUUCAGGUGCCUCCCCGGGGAUUUCUCAGGCCUGAACACCUUCCUGAACUGCUCGGUGGCCCUCUGGGAAUCUCACGGGCUGCUUCCCACCCACCCGGCUCAGUGGUCCUACGGGCAGUGCCCAGAUGUGGACGAGUGCCGCCUGGGCCUGGCUAACUGCCAUCCCUUUGCCAGCUGCAAGAACACACCUGACUCCUUCGAAUGCCACUGCAACCGAGGCUAUGCGGGGGACGGGGUGGCGUACUGCAACCAGACGUGAGUAGGGUGGGCACGAGGGGCGGGCAAAACGCUUUUGGCAGGUUUGGGGUGAGGUGGGGGGUGUUCCUUGAACUUGGUUCUGGUUACAGGAACCAGAGACUGUCGGCAAGCAGGCAGAGAUUUCUCCCCAGUGUUCACAAACAAUGAAAUCUGCUCCCACAAGAUUUAGUGGUGGCCACCAGCCUGGCUUUAGAAGAUUACACCGAUUCAUGGAGAGUACAGCUCUCAGUGGCUACGAACCAGGAUGGCCAUCUGCCAUGGAUGCUUUAGUUGAGAUUCCUUUUUUGCAGGAGGUUGGACCAGAGGAUCUUUGGAGAUACCUUCUAUGAUUCUGUGAUUCCGUAAUUCCCUCCACUGCCAGAGGCACUAUGUUGCGUAUCCUGAGCAGGGAAGAAUGCUCAGGUGUGGACUUCCCAUAGGCAUCUGUUUGGCCACUGUGAGAACAGGAUUAGAUGGGUCUGUGGCAAGAUCUUGCAGAGCUUUUUCUGGCGACCUUAUGAUGCCAGGAAACCCCCUGGCAGGACGCGUUUGUGAGCCUUGGUUGUCUGAUGGGGUUGUCUGUGACCCCAGACUCUCAUCUUUCUGAAACUUCUGCGUUAGUUUGGCUGCACCUUCUCUAUUAAUCCAGUCCCUCUGAAGGAUCUGUACCAUACAUUGAAAGCGCUUUCAACACGCAUUUCAAACUUGUGGGUCCCCCCACAGAAUCCUGGGAACUGCACUUUGUUGAGGGCAUGGGCCCUGUAGCUCUGGGAAGAGCUUUCUCCAGGACUUUCUCCAUCUCCCCCUCUGUGUUUUCACACAGCUGCUACGACGAAUGCGCACACGGCGAAUGCAGCGGGGCCCCCAACUUCACCUGCGUGUGCGACUUGGGCUGGACCUCCGAGACCAUCAUGGGAGCCACCCCGCCGCCAAGUGGGGUGCAGUGCAAUGUGGACUGCGGGUGCCACUUCCACAGCAGCUGUGGCCUCAGCGGGCCCGGCGUUUGCGACGAAUGCCAGAGUGAGCCGGAUGCUUCUUGUCUCCUGCUUUUCUAAUUUACAGUUUUGUUGCAUCGCUGUUCUUUGGCCAGUAAAGCACCGUCAGUGUGCACCUCGGAGAGUAUAAGACAGUUUUCGGACUACAACUCCCAUCAGCUGUGCUGGUUAGGGCUGAUGGAAGUUGUAGUCCAAAACCUGUGGAGGGCCUGAGGUUGGUGAUGGUUUGGUAUAAGAGGACAGGUCUUCAGUUCUUGCCUCCUCCUUCUAGGAAAGGGCCAUAGGUCAAGAGGCACACAUCUGCCUUGCAUGCAGACGCUCCCAGAUACAACCCCUGCCCACCGCAGGAAGGGCUGGGAGAGAUUUCCUGUCAGAAGCCCUGGAGAGCCACUGCCAGUCCUUGCAGUCAAUACAGUGGUACCUCGGGUUACAGACACUUCAGGUUACAGACUCCGCUAACUCAGAAAGAGUACCUCGGGUUAAGAACUUUGCUUCAGAAUGAGAACAGAAAUCGCGCAGCAGCGGCAUGGCAGCAGCAGGAGGCCCCAUUAGCUAAACUGGUGCUUCAGGCUAAGAACAGUUUCAGGUUAAGAACGGACCUCCAGAACGAAUUAAGUUCUUAACCUGAGGUAGCACUGUACUGAGCUAGACGGACCCAACUGACUGACUCAGUGUAAUUGUCAGGAGCGAGCCAGCAGUAAAUCACACCGUGCAAGUUGGGGUUAACUCUUUAUUAGCGAAAGCACGCUUGAUAGAGAGGUGUCGUGCCGAACUCAUCUCUGGCAGGUCUUGACCCCAUGAAGCCAUUCCUGAGACUGGAGAUCCCCACCUCCCCACAACCCUCUAAGUCCCCUCCUUUCCAGGGUGUUUUCCUGCAGCCAACCUCUGCCCUGUGCCCUGCCCUUUUCAUGCCUCUUCUGGUUCUGGGAGACAAGUGGGGAGGGGAGCUUGUCGCAGACACCCCUGACUCUUCACCAGACUGACUCAUCUCUGCCCCCUGGCCUCUCGCCUCCUGCCCUUCUGCUUCGGCCUCUGGUCCUGGACUUUUCUCUGCCACAGAUUCUCCCUGCUCACUAAACCCUGUUGCUUCUUCAGCUUCCGACACCACCUCCCAGUCUUCUCCUUCUCCCUCUGAUCACUCGUCAUCCCACCUCCACUUCCCAGGCUCUGAGCCUUCUUCCUUUGUGGAUUCCCCACCAUUCCUCUGCGUCCAGCCAGUCUGUGACUGAAUGCAGUUUCCUCUGUUCCUUGUCCUCUUCGGUCUCAUCCUCUUUUUUCUCCUCCUCUGCAGACUGGACCCAUGGUGAGCGCUGCCACCUUUGCCGGCCCGGCAGCUACGGAAACGCCACAAAUCAGAGCGGCUGCCAGGAGUGUGCCUGCAAUGGGCAUGGCCUGGAAGAGAUGGGCUAUUGCCACGGGGCCACAGGAGCCUGUUACUGCGCCCCACCCACCGAAGGGCUUCACUGCGAGCGCUGUGCCCCCGGCUACUAUGGGGACCCCAGGUGAGAGAAGCUGGUUGAUUUGACUGUGGUUGCAUCCCCUGUAUUACAGCAAUACUACCUAAGUUGCACAAAUAAGCAACUUCUAUUGAAGGCUAUUAACCUGAAGAGCUAAGUUGAGCUGCCAUGUUCAGGAGCUGUCUAUAUUACUGACUACCAGCUGCUGGAUACAAGCAGUAGGAUUGGCUGCUUACAGUCAUUUAUGCACCUCUGGCCAGCAGCUGUUGUCUGACACAGCAAAGCAGUUCUUCAUUUGGUCUGUGCAAAACUUUGCCCACCUUUUCUAGUUCUCCCACUUUUUGAAAUUUCGCCUGGUGGUUGCUGAGGAUUACCGGGGCACUUGCCAAGCUCACAAUAAAAGUGGUCAUGUUGAACUACUUUUUCCACAGCCUGCAGUUCCCCGAUUUUCCAAAGACUCGCCUCCUGAAAAACAAAGAAACAUAGAGCUCUUCCAACAUACAUGCUAUGGGAAUCAUCAAACUUUCUAUUAAUGUUUAGUGUCAUUAUAUUCUUUAUUUUAAAGUUCUUUUGUUUCUGGCUGCCUUUCAUUUGGGCCCAAACUUCAUAUUUUUAAUGCAAAACUCUCGCACGUCAUUAAAGAGGUGCAAAAUGGAUCGAACUGCUCCCUGAUGUGUGCCGUGUACAAGCAAAAAAACAAAGACUGACAUACACACACAUGCUUCCAGUUUCCUGGAAUGUAGGGCUGUGUGCAUGGCUUGGGUCCAUUGCAAAAGGGAAAGCUCACAGAAUAUGACUGGGAGCAGAAUUCAGCCUCCUUUAAGAGGAAAAGUAACAGAAGCUUUCUGGUCAUUACGAUUGUGUAAUGGUAUACCUGAAAGGGUGCUGCCCCUGCUGCCACUGCUGGUUUUAGUACCUUCCAUGCCCGCUUGCCUCUCUCACUUACUUGCGAAACCAGAAUAAGUUAUAAAGGAAAACUUGUGCAUAAUUGCAUAGGUUAUACACUUUUGCAUAGAAUUCUGCAGAAUUCUUUGUCAUGGAGAAUGCUGUCCUGCAGUGAGAAACUCUUACUCCAAUAGGGAGGGUUAGGCAAAUUAGCUUUACAAUCUUCAUCCCUGACAUUUGGAGGAGUACCGUACUUUUCGCCCCAUGGGACACACUUUUCCCCCUCCAAAAAUGAAGGGGAAGUGUGUGUGCGUCCUAUGGGGUGAAUGCAGGCUUUCGCUGAAGCCUGGAGAGCGAGAGGGGUUGGUGCGCACCGACCCCUCUCGCUCUCCAGGCUUCGUGCAGAUCUCCGCAAGCCGUGGGAGCCCGUGCCGGGCUCCCGCGCCUUGCGGAGAGUUGCCUGUUCUGGGGGCUGGGGUCGGGGGAAGCUCGGGCUUCCCCCACCCCAGCCCCGCGCCUGGGGGGGAAAUAAAUUUUUUUCCCCUUUAUUUCCCCCCCCCAAAACUAGGUGCGCCUUAUGGGACGGUGUGUCCUAUAGGGCGAAAAAUACGGUAAUUGCCAUCUCUGUUUUUUUCUGCUUCUGCUUACCUCCAAGACAGACUGGCUCCUGCGGAAGCUAAUUAUGGGCUAUCUUUUCCUUCCCCGUCCUAAGUUAGCAGGGUGGGAAGAGAGUUGGUGGUUUUUAAAAAUAAACACGCUGCAAAAUCACCAAAACAAAGCGCUGUUUAAGCCUCCCGGCCGAUUCCUCAAAAGACCAAGGCGAUGCCAAGUGGCCAUGCUGCCAUUUUCAGAAUUUCUGUUAGGUUGGGCCAGACUUAGCAGUUCUUUAAAGGGCAGGGUGACUUCGCGCAGCCCUUCAUGACAAAACCAAAAAGAUUGCUGCGCUAUUAUUGUCUGCUUUAUUUUUAUCCACCAGAAACGAGGGCGUUUGCUACCAGGAGUGUGUGGGGCGCUCCUUGCUUGCCAACCUCUCUUCCUCUUCGUCGUUGAGCUCUCAGCGGGCUGGGGGCCCCCCGCAGGGUGGGCUCUCCUACUGCGUCUGGGUCUUGUCGACCACUGAGGACAUGCAGCCCUGUCGGCCUGAGCAGAUCUGCCCUACGAUCACCCUUACUAUCCAACCCGAUACCCUCUGUAUGGUGAGCACAGGGGGUGGGCACAGUGGGGGCCAGGGGGCUGAUUCUGUAGGCAAGUGAUAUCUUCCAGAGGCAGAUGCUUGUCAUUUAAUACAUUAGUAAUGUCAGAAAUCAGCAGGAGGAGAUGGACAUGACUAAAGCUUCCUCAUUCUUUUGUUUUCUAUGGCAUUUGGCAUAUUUUGCCUAAAAACAUACUGCUGUCUCUCAAAAGCAUGUCUAGAAGCAUGAAGCCUUGUUUUUUUUUAAGGGGGAGGCAGUUUCUUGGGGCGCUGGAAGUUUGAAAUCUUUCCCCAUCUCUUACAAUGAGAUAUUGGCGCAAAAGAUUAGAGUGGCAUUGUAAGAAUUUUCACCACCCUCCUUUAUCUCUCCCAGUUUAUUUAAUGGAGCCCAGUCGUGAAUGAAACAAAAUCCAUACUGGGCAAAUACCUCCCCCCCCCCACAUUUCUUGCCGCUGAAUCACCCACAAAAUCUCGUCCCAAAAAUGUAUGUGUAUUUCUCUAAGCAUGUGUUUGUUGUGAACUCGCUUUUUACCACACUAAUUGCAGGAAAUGGGUAUGAAAAAUCACUUGAGAACUUCAUCUAGAUCAGGGUUUCCCAAGUUUGGGUCUCCAGCUGCUUUUGGACUACAGUUCCCAUCAUCCCUGACCACGGGGUCCUGCUAGCUAAGGAUGAAGGGAGUUAUAAUCCAACAAGAGCUGGGGACCCAAGUCUGGGAAACCCUGAUCCAGAGCCCCUGUUGGAAGUCACAGAACAGAAACCAGAGGGCUGUAUUUAAAAAACUUAGCAUCUCUUUGAAGCAAGUUUGAUCCAAUGCUGAUAACUCAUGCUUGCUUCCCCUUCACUUUCUCCUUAGAAUAACUAUGUCUAUGCCUUUGAUGGACUUCCUGACUUCCUGGACACGGGCCUGAUCCAAUUGGAUCGCACUCUCAUUGGGGCUUUCUGCGGCCAGGGCCGUCCCCGUCCCAUCACUGUGGAGGCCGUAUCAGGUAGGAAGGAGGAAGGAGGUUGGAUUCAAGAGUUUUGAUGCAGGGUGUGAACUUAAUGAAUUUGUUUGCUAGUCAGAUCAGUGGUCUACUUAGCUCCACGUUAUGUCUUGACUAUGGCGAAUCGCAUACCUUUAUGUGAAAGACAGGGUUCAAUUCCUUUCCCAUUAGUGAGAGGCAAUGAAAGCUUACGAAAGGCAUCUCUUUGGCUGUGUGUUGUGGAGCAGCCCCUCUAAUGACAGGCAAGCUUACUCUCACGAAAAACCAUCUGCAAGCUUUGCACUGAAGAACUCCUGCGAGUCUUCUGAGGACCCUCAGGAUGUCCCUAGAAGAACACAAUAUAAAUUCCUGUUUUGUUCCUCCACACUCUCGCCCUGAUAAAGGAAAUUUGAAUCCUUCUAUGCAAUGCUGAAUAGUUCAGUUGGUUAGACUUCUGGUAUAGGGACAUGGGUGGUGCUGUGGUGUAAACCACUGAGUCUCUUGGGCUUGCUGAUCAGAAGGUCGGCAGUUCAAAUCCGCACAACAGAGUGAGCUCCCGUUGCUCUGUCCCAGCUCCUGCCAACCUAGCAGUAUGAAAGAACGCCAGUGCAAGUAGAUAAAUAGGUACCGCUGUGGUGGGAAGGUAAACGGCGUUUCCGUGUGCUCUGGUUUCCGUCAGUGUCCCUUGCACCAGAAGCUGUUUAGCCAUGUUGGCCACAUGACCCAGAAAGCUGCUUUGUGGACAAACGCCGGCUCCCUCAGCCUGAAAGCGAGAUGAGCACUGCAACCCCCUAGUCGCCUUUCACUGGACUUAACUUUUCAGGAGUCCUUUACCUUUACCUUUUUGCCUAGACUUGUGGUGCUGAUAACAUUACAGGUUCAAUCUCCGUAUGGGACAACUGCAUGUUCCUGCAUUCCUGGGGGUUGGGAUAGAUGACCCUCGGGGUCCCUUCCAACUCGGUAGUUCCACAAUCUAGGAAUGCUGCUCCUCUGAUUCUCUCCCUCCCUGUACUUGCAGGCCUUCUGGUCAUCUACUACGAGGCCAACUCCACCGAGGCUUCGGGCUUCAACGCUACCUACACGGUGCACCGCUGCCGCCCCAGUUGCCACCCCAACCAGGAGUGCCAGGAGGGGAGCUGUAUCUGCAGAAACGGCUACACAGGACCCAGCUGCCAGUUUCAGAUCUGCCCAGGCAACUGCAGCGCUCAUGUGGGGCAGGGGGUUUGCAACAGGGUGAGCCCUGGGGGUUUGGUUUGUGUGUGUGCAUGAAGGGAAGAAAUAUUUCAGAAGGGUCAAGGGACAAGGGUGGCCUCGGACAAGGGGGAAGAAGAAGAAGAGUUUCGAUUUGAUAUCCCGCUUUAUCACUACCCUAAGGAGUCUCAAAGCGGCUAACAAUCUCCUUUCCCUUCCUCCCCCACAACAAACACUCUGUGAGGGGAGUGGGGCUGAGAGACUUCAGAGAAGUGUGACUGGCCCAAGGUCACCCAGCAGCUGCAUAUGGAGGAGCGGGGAAGCAAACCCAGUUCAUCAGAUUACGAGUCUACUGCUCUUAACCACUACACCACACUGGCUCUCCAGUUUUGGUUUCAGCCCAGGGAGUUUAGGAGCUGACAUGGGUGCCCAGUCAAAAAGCAAUCCCGAGCUUGGAAGGCAUUAAGUUCCAGGCCUGGUCUGCAGUGAUACGGGUAUGUCCAAAGGGCCUUGCACGACAGCAUGACAAAAGCAGUGCUUGGAUACAGGUAGGGUUGGCUGCAUUCUGCUGAGCAGAAUGGUGGCAGGGUGGGUAACUGAACAUAGGUGAGGUGGUCUUGAGUCUACACCUUAGGAAAAAGCAGGCAAGCAGACUGUGGGUAGAAGUGCAGGAGUCAUAUUUAGUUGCUCAUUGACAUAUGAAAAUCUCCAGAAAGUACAGGAGUUACCUGGGUACAUUGCUUGUGCAAGCCAUUGCAUCUAAAGCUGUCUCCCCUGAGCCUCAGGUGGUUUGACGGUGGCCUUUGAGUAUUGUGAUGGCAGUGCAGAGCCUGUUCCAGUUUCCAAAUUUUGUGCGCGCCGUGCAUAUGCUUCCUCCUGCGAGUCUCAUUGUUUCCCCACCCUUCUCUGUCUCUCUGUCUCCUCCCCUCCCCAUCUCUUCCCUAGAGCCUCGGUCUGUGUGUUUGCAGCGAUCGGUUUGCCGGCAAAGAUUGUUCCAUCCCUCUAGAUGCUGGCAAGGUCAUUUGGGAGACCUUGAUCGACACCCAGCUGACAGCUGUAAGUGAACCCCCACAUCCCUUGAAGGCUCCCUCUGACAUUAGCUUUUCGGUUCAUUUUAUCUGUCAUCCGGCCUGGGGCCUCUUUGAGCCAUGAGAACGGGCAAUUUAUCACUGAGAGCAUACUGCAUUAAAUAAAUAAGAGUUUUGCUGCUCUGAGCAAUGUCACUCUUGAAAAUAGCUGUGCUUUGGGCUUAUUACACACUCAGGGCAUCUAAUCAGUUUGUCCUCUAUCUGAGGAGGAGGAGGGCAACUGACAUGAUCAAGGAUCUGGAAACCAAGCCUUAUGAGGAACGGUUGAAGGAGUUGGGUUUGUUUAGCCUGGUAAAGAAGAGAGGGAGAGGAGAUAUGAUAGCCAUCUUCAGCUGUCUCAAGGGCUGUCACAUGGAAGAGGGAACGAGUUUGUUUUUUCCUGCUCUGGAGGGUAGGACUCAAACCAAUGGCUUCAAGUUACAACAAAAGAUAUUUCGACUAAACAUCAGGAAGAACUUUCUGACUGUAAGAGUCGUUUGACGGUGGAAUGCUCUCCCUCAGGAGGUUGUAGACUUUCCUUCCUUGGAGGUUUUUAAGCAGAGGUUGUUGGAUGGCCAUCUGCCAUGGAUGUUUUAGCUGAGAUUCCUGCAUUGCAGGGGGUUGGACUAGAUGACCCCUGGGGUCCUUUGAGCUCUACAAUUCUGUGAUUUUAUGCACUCAGGGUCUCUGUAGCAGCCUGACUGGCCACUAAGUGGACAUAGAUGCAGAAAGACCCAGGACAAAGGGGUCCUCUGGAGUUGACUCCAGCACUAUAAUCUAACCCUCACCUGUGCAUUUUCCAAGGACACAGCCAGCCGGUUUCUUCACCGCCUGGGCCACACCAUGGUGGAGGGGCCGGACACCACGCUUUGGAUGUUUGGGGGCAUGUCUCUGCGAGAGGGGAUGCUGGGCAACGUGUACAGGUAAGAGACCCUCCCCCCGCCAGGCUUAUUCCAAUGGGCCGCCCCUGCCUUUCCCAUCCUGGCCAUAGAGGGCACUGUGUCUCUGCAGAUACUCCAUUGCCGAGCGCCGCUGGACCCAGAUGCUGGCAGGGACGGAGGACAGAGGCCCAGGACCCAACCCUCGGUACUUUCACGCGGCCGCCUACAUCCCCUCCUGCAAGGCAAUGUAUGUGCUUGGUGGACUGACGACCGACGGGGUGGCCAACGACUUCUGGCUGCUCAACCUCACCACUUUGCAAUGGAGGCUCGUGCAGGUAACCCCCCUCAUUUAGACUGCGAGCGGUUGGCAGGUCCCUGUUAACUGGAUCAGGCCAGUCCACUUCCAACAGCAGGCAACCAGAUGCUUCCAGGACACUCCCAAGCUGGGCGUGUACCUUCUCCUGAUCCGAAACUGUGGGUGUUGGCAGCAGAUUAUUACAUGACCGAUUGAGGAAUGAGGAGAGCACCUGAGUGCGGGAGGUCUCAGGGCAAAGGCCUGGGGUUAAUGCACAAAGCAUAUGCUCCUCUGUUUCCACAAUGCAGCCUACUGGUUUCUUCUCGGCCAUCCCAUGGUGGAGGGGAAAGAAUUCAAUUUAGCCUAUAAAUGGCCCCCUCACAUUCCACUAGUGUUGCUGCAGAUAAAUCCACAUUGGUGGAAAGAGGAAGGAAUGCUGUGCCCCACACCCUGUGCCCUUCUCUUUUAUACGCCCUGGAUCCUGACAGGUUCCCUGUUCCCUUCCCGACUUCUCCAGGACCCUCUCAUCCCAGCCGUGGCCGGUCACACACUCACGGCUCGCCGUGGCUCUUCCCUGCUCCUGAUCGGCGGCUACUCCCCUGAGAACGGCUUCAACAAGAAACUGCUGGAAUAUAACGUCGUGUCGGAGAGCUGGCGUGCCGGGAGCCAGGCUGGAACGCCCCCUACAGGUAGGGGAUCCUUUUGACCCGCUGUGGGGCCCUGAGAUUAACUAGGUGGUUACGGAGCCAAAAAAUGCUCCUCUUGAGAAGGCAAGGUUGCCUUGAUCUGAGACAGUCGCCUCUUCUGAAAAGCUCUAAGACAGGGAAUCCCAGAAACCCUUCGUGCCACAGUUGCAAGGCGUGCAGGCUGGGAAACAUUACAAAUGUCCCACAGUGCCUGACUCCGUAUUUCCACUAGUGAGAUCAAACACAGACCCAGCCCCCAGUCCCACCCAGCAAACAAACACCUGGUAUUGAAUUUACUUUUCAGGUCUGUACGGACACUCGGCUGUGUACCACGAGGGCACGGAUGCCAUCUAUGUCUUUGGCGGCCAUCGCUUCCACGUGGAGAUGGUUUCUGCUUCCCCUGAGCUCUACAGCCUUUAUUAUCCCAACCUGACCUGGAGCUUGCUGGCUCCGUCUCAGGGGCCAAAGGUGAGAUGCUGUCAGGGCAGAAAUGUAACAGUUGCGGCCAGGGUGCUGUUAAGUACUAGCUUCCCCAAAAAGACACAGGGCUUCUGGUAUGGAGAAACCACCAGAGAGUUUCCCAGUGUGAAGACUCUGCCCAUCUUUGGUGCCGCUAUUGAACAGCCCUGAGGCCCAGAAUGAAUUAUGAGGUCUGUUUAGCACUGUCUGUGAGAUUCCUGCAUUGGGAGAUGACCCUCUUGGUCUCUUCCAGCUCUACAAGUCCAUGUGUUGCAGGGAAAUGUAGGAUAGUGUAAGCGAGAAAAGAUUCAUUUUCAAACACAGAUCAGGUUGAGGGAAUGAGAAAAUGGUGUGUGUGUGUGCAUGCAUGGUGUGUGUGUGCCUGCACCUGUAUCAUGUGUGCCCUCUUUUGCAUAUACAUGCCAGGAGAGGCGAGAUCACGUAGAACGUAGGCAAGCUCAGUGCAAGAAGUUUGGGUGUUUGAGGUAGACAAUCCCAAUGACUCUGUUGCUUCACACAAAGCACAAUUAAGCAGGAAGUUUAAAUACGUGGCGUGGAGAUCAGAAGAUCGGACUCUAGGAAGCUGCCUUAUGCAGAAUUAGAGCUAUCUAGUUCAAUACUGUCUACACUGACUGGCAGUAGAUCUCCAGGGUUUCUGGCAGAGGUCUUUCCAAAUCCUAUCUGAAGUUGGUCCAGGACUGAGCCUGGGAUCUUCAGCAUGAAAAGCAGAUCUUCAGCCCCCGAUCUACUGCCCUUCCCCAGUGAUUUCAAGGCCAGGAUCUCCCCCCUCCCCCCGAUAUGGGAGGAGGAGCGAGCUGCCUUGAGCGAAACCUUUGCACAGAACAAUGUAAUGCACGCUUAGCCUUGUCAUCCCCUGGGUGUGAGUCAGCCUGAUAAGGACAUCAGCUGAAGCCUUAAAUCACUCUCGGCAAUUUGUCUUCCCUUUCCUGCAGAGGAUUUCGUUGUUCCUCCUGCCCGAGUGAGUUAUCUGCUGUCUGGUAUAGGUUGGCCAUGAUGAGCACAUGAUCCUGUAAACACUUGACAGAGCCGCCAUUUCCCCAGGGAGGGUGCUUUGCCUCCUUGCAAUUUCAGUGAUGGAACAAUUUAGCAUUUUUUUUCUUUCCCUCCUUCCCUUGCACUUACUGUGGGAUGGGAGUCCAAACCCACCCACUCCAGCUCUUUCUUGCAUUAACCACAAGGGUUUUGAUAUUGGUGUCCUAAGCCGUGAAGAGCUUUAAAGGUGAAAACCAGUGCUGUUCCUUUGGAUGGUCAGUGCAGGCAGCCAGUAUAUUUGGAACAGAAUUGUUAUAAUUAUAAUCAUAACUUAUUAUUUAUACCCCGCCCAUCUGGCUGAGUUUCCCCAGCCACUCUGGGCGCCUUCCACUGAAUAUUAAAAACAAUACAGCAUCAGAGAUUAAAAACUUCCCUAAAGUUGUCUUUUAAAAGUAAAAUAGUUGUUUAUUGCUUUGACAUCUGAUGGGAGGGCGUUCCACAGGUCGGGUGCCACUACCGAGAAGGCCCUCUGCCUGGUUCCCUGUAAACCUCACUUCUCACAGGGAGGGAACUGCCAGAAGGCCCUCGGUGCUGGACCUCAGUGUCCGGGCAGAACAAUGGGGGUGGAGACGCUCCUUCAGGUAUACUGGGCUGAGGCUCUUUAGGGCUUUAAAGGUCAGCACCAACACUUUGAAUUGUGCUCGGAAACGUACUGGGAGCCAAUGAAGACUAUAUAUUGUUAUAAUAUAGUCUGUCCUGGAGAGUCAGAGCUUAGCCAUCUCUGUCUUUCGGGUGAGCGUAGAAUCCGGUGGGAAGAAUGGGCUUGAGAAGGGGCCCCGUGGAGUACGAGGCUCAUAUUGGGGGGAAUUGUGAUAUGCUAUUACUAAAUGGCUCUUUCCUGAAUCCCUUGUUCCCUACUACCCUCACCAGCCGCUGGCUCACUUCUUCCAUGUCGCAGCAGUACUGAAGGACACCAUGGUGGUGAUCGGAGGGCGCACAGAACGCGAGAAUUUCACCAACCACCUUUUCUUCUACCAGCUAAACUGCAACACCUGGAUCCUACCCAACAGCACAGGUCAGGGCUGGGAUGGAUUUUUUGGUAAGAUCAGAGGUACAGUGGUACGUCUGGUUGCGAACGGGAUCCAUUCCGGAGGCCCAUUCGCAACAUGAAAAGAAUGCAACCCGCAGUGGCGCGUCUGCGCACACGUGGGUUGCGAUUCGUCGCUUCUGUGCAUGCGUGUGAUGUCAUUUUGCACGUCUGCGCAUGUGCAAGUUGCGAAACCUGGAAGUAACCCUUUCCGGUAUUUCCAGGUCACUGCGGGACGUAACCUGAAAGAACGUAACAUGAAGCAGAUGUAACAAGAGAUAUGACUGUAUAGGAUUUGGCAUCCCAGGCACAUCAGCCUGUGGCCCAGCGAUCUGAGCUUCCUUACAAAUAAUACUCCCUGGUCCCUAUUUGACAUGCAGAAAAAAUGAUGCAAGUCAUUUUAAUCUGCAACGAAACAUUACCUUAUUGGUUCAGAAUUUGAUUUGAUUGCCACAGAUCCCUAGGGCUUCAAGUCCUCCAUGUUUGUACAUGUGAUAAAGGAGAGCGGGUUAGCCUCCCACAAUGUGGACUGACUGUAGACAUGUGCCCACCUGUUAUCCAUGGUUAGGUAGCGGAGGGCACCCCGUAAGGAGUUCCUGCUGCCUAGUGUGGGUAUUUCUCUAUCCCUCCAUUUCAGCUACCUGUACUUAGCAUUACGUUGAUACCAGAGUUUUUGCCAAACAAAGCUACUGCCAAAUCCAUUUCUGAAGCUGCUUUCACGCUCUCACUUGGCAUCAAGCAUGGUUAGCUGUUCACUGUAGACAGAAAGCUAACCAUGGUUAGCUCUGAACUCGAAAAGGGCACCUUUAUGAGUGGAGGGCAGAGAGUGUGGCCUGCAAGGUGCUUUCAGUUGUCUAGAAGACUGCCCAGUGUUACGUCUGCGCAGGGCCCUUGUAGAAAUUAUAUUCAUUUAUCUAGUGAAGCAAUGGGGAACCUCUGGCCCUCCGGACGUCAGCAGAUUUCAGUUCACAUCAUUCCUGUUCACUGGCCAAGCUGGAGGAUGAGAUCCCCUUCCCAUCUGCUGCUUCAUAAGUUCCCUAGUGCUUCCUCAUCUUCUCUGUUUGCCUUGCAAAUCGUUUCCUUCCAUACAUUUCUGAAAGAACACCUUCAGUUGUUCGAUUUGGCUGCAUAGGUGCAUUUAUGUGCUUCCGGCCGCUGUCCUUAGCCCUUUGUGUUCUCUCUCCAGUUUUGCUCAUCUGUGUGUUUCCUUUUCCCCUCUGCAGCAGAAGCAGUCGUGGGAGAGCCCAUCAUGGAGUCCAUUGCCCACGCCGUGGCCGCUGUCGGAGGGCGCAUCUACCUCUCCGGGGGCUUCAACGGGGUGGCGCUGGGGCGCAUGGUGGCUCUCUCCGUGCCCUCCGAUCCUUGCCUCAUCUUCAGCAGUCCAGAAGCCUGCAACAGGUCCAACGCCAGCUGCACCUGGUGCCACGCCAGCUGCCUCUCUGCGGAUGCUGCCGAGAGGUGAGGAGGGGCAGAGUCUGGGCAAGCGGCAAAGAUGAGAGUGGUCAGACCGUGCCUCUUGUUAGGAAACAGGACGGGGUGGUUAGCGGUUGGGGUGGGACUAGGCAAAAGCAGAGAGGAGAACUGGGGGCUGGAGCUGUUUGGGAGGAGCUCAUUGGUGGCAGGAGAUGCACAAGUAGUCACGGGAGUUAAAAUGAGGCAUUGCCAAAGCUCCAUCAGGUGCCUUCAGGUUAUUGUAAUAUAGCCAUUCUAGGGAGUGCACAAUGGUUAGCGAACGGAUUUCACAUUCGUGCUGCGUAGUUCCAUAAAGUUUUAUACAGAAGAGACACUGAAUCCUCUACCCAAAAAAUCACAUUGUACUCCUAGAUCCAUAAUUUCCCAUAAAGUACAGACGAGUGCUCCCCUUCCUGUUGCUCCCUUGCUAAUUUGUUUUCCAGGCUCUUCAACUUUGCCGAAAACUCUCUUGAGCCUUACCGACCCUUUGCACUGCCAUAGAUACACCAAAUUCCAUAACCAAACCGAUUAACUUUUGAAUCUCAGCUAAUAGAUGGUUGAAUCGUUUAUUGGGAACAUCGUACCACCUGUUCUUAAUUCUUUCAUUGUGAAAAUUGCUUUAAGACCCUUAAUUUGGUUGUCCUCUUCCAUCUUUAUUUUCCUCUCAUUGUUUCCACGCAAGCCAAUUUUGUUUGCUCUCAUCCCAUAAACUUUUUUUCAUCCCCUUCCUCCAUUUGUUUAGAGCAGGGAUGGGGAGCCUGUAGCCCUCCAGAUGUAGUUGAUCUCUAAUUCCCAUCAGCCCCAGCCAGCAGGUGAGGGAUGAUGGGAGUUGUAGUCCUCUGGAGGCCUACAGGAAGAUGGAUGUGACCUCCUUUAACAAUGUGAUUCAUCAUGAUAGCCUCUCAUUUUAGAUAAUUUCACUCCCUUUUAAAAAACAAAUAAAUCUGGGGGGUGCAGAUCACGCGUUGAGAAGGUUGAGCAAAUAGGGUUGACCCUAUAGGUAUAGGAGGAGAGUCUGGAAGAGCUUUUCCCCCACUGAGCUUCCUGGUUGCUCUCCCUUCCUUCCUGCAGGCAGGGCUGUUCUGGUGGGACCUCCUGCUUCCCCACCCCAAGGUCCGCAGAUGAGUGCCGCCGGCUGAGGACCUGCAGCGAGUGCCUUGCCCAGCACCCUCGUGCCAUGGCCCACAGCCUGGGCAUUCCAGUGAGUAGCCCCCAUCCCUCUUUCUAGCAGCUGGCCCACUGCCUGGGGAGCACCCUCUUCUUCCUUCCGUGUUGGAGGUUGCGGGGCUUCCAAACUCUGCACUUCUGCAUUCACUUUUCAGGGAGCACUGAAGGCAGGUGGUGGCCUUUGGAUCACACUGUAGUAGCACGUAAUCCCCACCUCUCCAGUUCCCGACGCUCCCCGAAUUGGGUGCAGGGGAAUGAUAGGGAAGUGCGGAAUUCGAAGCGUGGCCAGGUAUUCCAGCAUGUCCCAAGGGAGAACAGGGAGGGGGAAAUGGCAAAAAGGAUUGAGGACAGAAUUGGGGUCCAAGAUGACCCUACCAGAUUGGAGAACUAGGCCCAAAAUGAACUUGAGUAGGGACAAAUGGGAGGUUCUGCACUUAAGCAGCAAGAACUAGCUGCACAAAUAUAGGAUGGGGAACACCUGGCUUACUAACAGUACACGUGAAAAGGAUCUAGGGGUCUUGGUGGACCACAAGAUGAACAUGAGUCAACGGUAUGAUGUAGCAGGGGGAAAAGGCUAAUGCUCUUCUAGGCUGCAUCAACAGAAGUAUAGUGUCCAGAUCAAGGGAAGUCAUAGCACUGCCUUGGUCAUACCACACCUGGAGUACUGUGUCCAGUUCUGGGUACCACAAUUUAAGAUGGAUAUUGACAAGCUGGAAUGUGUGCAGAGGAGGGCGACAAAGAUGGUCAAGGAUCUGGAAACCAAGCCUUAUGAGGAACGGUUGUAGGAAUUGGGUAUGUGUAGCCUGGGAAAGGGGAGACUGAGAGGAGAUUGGAUAGCCAUCUUCAGAUAUCUAAAGGGCUGUCACUUGGAGGAUGGAGCAAACUUGUUUUCUUCUGCUCUGGAGACUACGACCCAAACCACUGAAAGGAGAUUCUGACCAAACAUCAGGAAGCCCUUUCUAACAGUAAGAGCUGUUCGAAAGUGGAACGGACUUCCUUGGAAGGUGGUGGACUUUCCUUCCUUGGAGGUUUUUAACCAGAGGUUGGAUAGCCACCUGCCGUGUAUGAUCUAGUUGAGAUUCCUGCAUUGCUGGGGGUUGGACUCAGUGACACUCAGGGUUCCUUCCAACUCUUAUGAUGGAAAGUGAUCUGAUUGCAACCCCUAAUUUCCACCUGCAGAUCAGCAUCAAUGCUACUCAGAGCACACUGAGCGCCAGAAAGGUUACAGUGCCAAUUUAUUAAAACAUUUGCAUACUGCUAUCUUACUUUAAAAAAUCAAAGUGGUUUAUGACAGCCAUACAAUAAAAACCAUAUGAAAAUGUAAAUUUGUGAAAUAGGCUUAUGCAGUCAUACCUCGGGUUAAAGUUGUUUCAGAUUGAGCGUUUUCGGGUUGCGCUCCACGGCAACCCGGAAGUAACGGGACAUGUUACUUCCGGGUUUCGCCGCUCGCGCAUGCGCAGGCGCUCAAAAUGACGUCAUGCGCAGAAGCGGCGAAUCGUGGCCCGCAGACACUCAGACGCGGGUUGCGUUCUCUUCAGGAUGCGAACGGGGCUCCCGUUUGCAUCCAGAGGUGCCACUUUAUAAGCCAAGGGGUUAUACGGGGUUGGGGGGGGAAGCAUUGUCGCCAGCCUUUGGUUUGUAGUGACCGUUCCCCAGUCAUGGAGGCUUUGACCUUGUAUUCUGACCCCCCCCCCAGGCCUUACCCCAGUGCAAGUGGUGCACCAACUGCCCCGAGGGCGCCUGCAUCGGCAGCACCGGCAGCUGCACCUCGGAGAACGACUGCCGCAUUAACCAGCGCGAGAUCUUUGUCGCCAGCAACUGUUCGGAGAUCUCGUGCGAGGCCUCGGACUGCGCCAAGUGCACGGCUUCUGGGAAGUGCAUGUGGACGCGGCAGUUCAAGCGCACAGGUGAGGGGCAAGAGGUGGGGGCCGGUGGGGGCGGGGAGGGAGCCAUUGAUGGGCCUUGCAGGCGGAGGGAGGAAGAGCCGCGGGGAAGGGGCUGCACGGGAGUGCAAGGGGGAGGCAAAUGGGGAUUUUGUGGCUGGAAGCCCCAGGAUGGGAGACUGCUCUUGGGCAUGGGACCUGCCUGAGGGUUUGCCAGGGGCCUCUGGUUGGCCACUGUGAGAACAAGAGGUUCUGGAUUAGGAGGCCCAAUGGCCUGAUCUUAUGUUAUUGGGUUCUUCAGGGUAGAACACCACAUUAAGUCAGAUAGUGGUCAGACAGCCACUAGCGAAUCAAAGGCAGAUUUAGGGGAGCGGUUCAGCCGCAGAGGUUCAGGGAUGCUGUGACUACGAUGUAGAAUGGAAGGUGAGAGGCCAAAUUUGAGACCCCAAGAUCUGCCACUGGUGGAAUGAAGGGUGAACGGAAGCGUUUGCGGGGAGCUGAUGAAAAGAGCAAGCUUAAUUGGUAGUUACCUGACUUGUGGGGGGGAUCCCCGAGGCGAAGGAAUCCAAGCAGCUUUCCUGACAGCAGCAGGUUGCACACUUCACCAAAGAUUUCUCCUGCCCCAGCUGCAUGGAGCUCCUCUUUAUUUCUGUGGGGGGCUGUGCACACGUCCCACAAGUCAGGCCCCUGGGUGCUUAAAUGGCCCUUGGGAAUCAUCCAAGAAACAGCUGACGCUCCUCCUGGUAUGUGAGGAAAGGGAAGAGGCGUUUCGGACACCACAAAGGCCGCCAUCUCUGACUCCUCUUCUCCACCUCCUCCUCCUCCCGCUUCUGGCCCAGGGGAGACAAGGCGCAUCCUGAGCGUGCAGCCCACCUACGACUGGACCUGCUUCAGCCACUCUCUCCUCAACGUGUCCCCCAUGCCGGUGGAGUCGUCGCCUCCGCUGGCCUGCCCCACGCCGUGCCACAACCACAGCACCUGUGGGGAGUGCCUGAGCUCCAAGGGGGCCGACGGGGGCUGGCAACAGUGUGUCUGGAGCGUCAGCUUGCAGCAGGUAAUCCCUGGGGGGAGCAGGGGAGCUUGUGAUUGCAGAAAUUCUGCUAAAUUCCUCUGCAUCAUUUAUUCACGGUGCAGGAUUUCGUUCGGGAAAAGUGCGCCCACGUGAGCUCUAACAGGCACCCUCUUCCGCCCCUGUCUCCCCGCAGUGCAUGAGCCCCACGUACCUGCCCAUGCGCUGUGCGGCCGGGAUGUGCGGCCGAGUGCUGAGCGGAGCCGAGAGCUGCACCCCGUCCUGCUCCCGUUUCCAGCAGUGCGCCCUCUGCAUCCAGCAGCCCCGGUGCGGCUGGUGCGGCCUCCGUGGCGAGAACGGCAAAGGGCGGUGCAUGGAGGGAGGGAGGAGCGGUCCUCACCACGGUAUGUACUGAGCAGAACCAGGGGGGUGGGGUGGGGGGUCAAUGACACCUUCUCAGGGAGGAGUGUGGAAAGUGGAAAGUGGCGGCCCGGCAGUAAUGCUCACAAAUCCUUGUUGCAAACAAGGUAUUUCUCCGCGAGGUUUGGAGGGUGGCAACACGAGAACGGGGCCUUCUCUGCAGUGGCGCCCUGUCUGUGGAAUGCUCUCUCCAGGGAAGUUUGCCUGGUGCCUUCAUUAUACAUCUUUAGGCGCCAGGCAGAAACGUUCCUUUUUAAGCCUUUGGUUGAUCCCAUUUACAUCCCUGUGCAGGGAAGUUUUAAUGACAGAUGUUUUAAUGUAUUUUUAAUCUUCUGUUGGAGUGGCCAGAUGGGCGGGGUAUAAAUAAUAAAUUAUUAUUAUUAUUAGGCCCUUUUAAAAUGUGUUCUUUUGUGGGGGCUAUUGGGUUGUUUUUAUUUUUAUUAGGUAUUUUGUGAUUUUAUAUCUUGAUUAUAUUCUGUGAACCGCCCUGAGACCCCCGGGUAUAGGGCGGUUAAUAAUAAUAAUAAUAAUAAUAAUAGCGUUUAUCAGAAAUAUUUCCUUUUAUUUGUGGUCUGGGGAAGCCCUUUGCCCAGGAUUAAGUGGUUGCUCCUGGAGAGCCUGAUACAAGCCGGUUGCAAGAUGCAGCCCAGAAGAGCUUGAGGGCACCAGGUUGGGGGCCGCUGCUCUUAAGGAUUGCCAGCAGCUCCUGUCCCUCUUGCCUCCCUGCAGGACUGGUCGAGUCGUGUGGCCUGAAAGCAGACUGGGCCUUCAUGGCCUGCCCUCCCGAGAACGAGUGCCUGAACGGGCACCACGACUGCAACGAGACCCAGAACUGCAACGACCUGCCCCACGGCUACAAGUGCACCUGCAAGAACGGCUACACGCUGGACAAGUGAGUGCCGUGGGAGGGGGGCGGAGAUGAAGCAGGGAACUGUAAGCCUGUGCUCUCGGCGGUAGCUGCCUCACCUUCACUAAGAACCAUUGCAUUUCAGACAACUGAGCUGCGAAAUCCCUUCUGUCUACCCUGGUCUCUUUAGAUAUUGCGCACGAACCGGCCGCUUUUCUCCAUUGAUGGAGGGUGGCAUUUGCUGCAGCUUCACCCUCCCAAAUUUAGGGGAACCCUUGUCCCUUCAGCACCCCUUCCUCCUCCAGGGUAAACGCACGUAGGUUAUGUCUGUACAUCACAACAGACUUUUGUUGAUGGCGUCCUGAGAAUGCAGAGAUCCUUGCUUCACUCUUCUCCCUGCAUAAGCAACAAAGCAAGCACAAUCUCUGCUUCCUGUUAAGCCUGAGCUACAGUGCUUAUGGUUUGUUUUGCCCAAGCAAACCAACAUGUAAAGCUAAGGUUUGUCCCUCUCAGAACCUCAACUUUGGGUCCCCACCUGUGGUUGGACUACAACUCCCAUCAUUCCUAGCCAGCCUGGCCAGAGCUCAGGGAUGAUGGGAGUUGUGGUUUGAGCACAUCUGGGGACUCAGGCCUGAGAAAGGCUUCCUAAGGCUAUCAACAUCCUAUAAACUAUGGGUAGGCAAACUAAGGCCCGGGGGGCAAAUCCUGCCCAAUCGCCUUCUAAAUCUGGCCCGCUGAUGGUCCGGGAAUCAGCGUGUUUUUACAUGAGUAGAAUGUGCCCUUUUAUUUAAAAUGCAUCUCUGGGUUAUUUGUGGGGCCUGCCUGGUGUUUUUACAUGAGUAGAAUGUUUGCUUUUAUUUAAAAUGCAUCUCUGGGUUAUUUGUGGGGCAUAGGAAUUUGUUCAUCCCCCCCCAAAAAAAAUAUAGUCCGGCCCCCUACAAGGUCUGAGGAACAGUGGACCGGCCCCCAGCUGAAAAUGUUAGCUGACCCCUGCUAUAAACUCACAGGUUCUUGUUGGGCAGGUUUCGUGGGUUUUAAAAAACAUCUCAUUAGUUUAAAAAUCCUUUUCAUAUAAUUCUGUGUACCUCCGUCUCCCACUCCCAUAAUUUUUUGUGGCUGUCUUUCACUUCCAUAGUAAUGCACAGUAAACCACUCAAGUUUGCUAUUAGGCAGAGCAAUUCCUAGCCACUCUUUUUAGCCGAGCAACACCAGCGUGUGGGAAAACCUUUGCAGAAUUUCCACCGGGGGUGGGGCUCGCACACGCUGCGUACCAAUUGUUCUGCGCCUCCUCCUUUCUCCCUUGCAGCGUGACGGGGCUGUGCAAGCCGGUGUGUGAGCAGGGCUGCGUGAACGGGACCUGCGUGGAGCCCAACGCCUGCCAGUGCCACUUUGGCUACGUGGGGCAGAACUGCUCCGUGGAGUGCCAGUGCAACAAGCACAGCAACUGCCAGGGGGUGGAGGCCCAGGACCAGUGUUUGCAGUGCUUCAACAACACCAUGGUGAGGGCAGCGGGCGGCUGAGAGGGCCCGAGGGGCGCAGGGAGAGGGCAGGAGCUGGGGGCGCAAGCGGAGGCCGGUUGGAAGAGAAGAUCUGCAGCUGGGUUCACACUGGGCGGUGAUGGGAGAGCAUCUGCCCUGAAUGCAGAAGCACCCAGGUUUAAUCUGCAGGCAGAGCUGGGAGACACCCUGGGGAGCUGCUGCCAGUCAGUGUAGACAAAACUGAGUUAGAUGGACCAGUGGUCGGACUCAGUAGAAAGCAGCCUGGGGAGCUGCUGCCAGCCAGUGUAGACAAGGCUGAGUUAGAUGGACCAGUGGUCGGACUCAGUAGAAAGCAGCCUGGGGAGCUGCUGCCAGUCAGUGUAGUCAAGGCUGAGUUAGGUGGACCAAUGGUCGGACUCAGUAGAAAGCUAGUCUGGGGAGCUGCUGCCAGUCAGUGUAGUCAAGGCUGAGUUAGGUGGACCAGUGGUCGGACUCAGUAGAAAGCUAGUCUGGGGAGCUGCUGCCAGUCAGUGUAGACAAGGCUGAGUUAGAUGGACCAGUGGUCGGACUCAGUAGAAAGCAGCCUGGGGAGCUGCUGCCAGCCAGUGUAGACAAGGCUGAGUUAGAUGGACCAGUGGUCGGACUCAGUAGAAAGCAGCCUGGGGAGCUGCUGCCAGUCAGUGUAGACAAGACUGAGUUAGAUGGACCAAUGGUCAGACUCAGUAGAAAGCAGCUUCCCAAAUCCCCGUGCUCCUGUAUUCUUGCACGGACUUGCCUCCCUCUAAAGGCCUCCCGGGAGGCCAAAAAGGCAAACCGCCGCUCUCUGUGCGUGCCCGCGCCCAACUCUGCCCCCUCGCCUCUUUUCCCCUCAGGGGCAGCACUGUGAAAAAUGCCAGCCGCUCUUUGUGGGGUCGGCGCUGAGCGGCGGCUCCUGUCGCCCCUGCAACACUUUCUGCCGGGGAAACAGCAACGUCUGCAUCACGCGGGAGGAGUACGAGAGAGCCCGCCGGGAUCCUGCCCGCUUCCCUCUGGAGCCGGCCUUGGUGAGUGCCAGCGGUGGGUGGCGGGGGAGCCGGGCCUGGCUUGCUGGGACAACUGGUAGUGGCUCUUUUGGUGGAAGGAGACCUGCCAGGUCAAAAGGGUGCGUCCAUAUUCUUCAGAGAAUCCAGUGCAUAUUGGCACCUUUGUUGUGUGCCAUCGUCUGUAGAACUCCUGUGCUUACUGCAUCAUAGCCACACCUUUGAACAGGUACUUGCCUGAGUGGUGCAUGCUCUGGUUAUCUCAGUGUGCUCUAUGUGGGGCUACAUUUGAAGGUGACCCGGAAACUACAACUAAUCCAGAAUGUGGCAGCUAGACUGGUGAUUGGGAGCGGCCGCCGAGACCAUAUAACUGACCUUUAAAGCCCUAAACAGCCUCGGUCCAGUAUAUCAGAAGGAGCGUCUCCACCCUCAUCGUUCAGCCCGGAAACUGAGGUCCAGUGCCAAGGACCUUCUGGCGGUUCCCUCCCUGAGAGAAGUGAGGUUACAGGGAACCAGGCAGAGGGCCUUCUUGGUAGUGGCACCCGCCCUGUGGAACGCCCUCCCACCAGAUGUCAGAGAAAAACAACUACCAGACUUUUAGAAGACAUCUGAGGCAGCCCUGUUUAGGGAAGCUUUUAAUGUUUAAUAGGUUAUUGUAUUUUAAUAUUCUGUUGGAAGCCGCCCAGAGUGGCUGGGGAAAUCCAGCCAGAUGGGUGGGGUAUAGAUAAUAAAUUAUUAUUAUUAUUACUUUUUUUGUAAUAAUGAGACGAAUGAGCACUUGUCGCUAGUGCCGGCAUACGCAUGGGGUGCUAUUCGACUAAAUUGCUCAGCAAAGACCUGCUGAAAUUAAUGGGCCCAAUUUAGCCACGCUCAUUUAUUUCAGCAGAGCUGCUCUGAGUAAAACAUAGUUUUAACUGUUGCAUUUCUAUCCCUCCUUUUCUCCAAGGAACUCGAGAUGACCUAUGGGGUUCUCUUCUUCCCCAUUUUAUCCUCAUAGCAACCCUGCGAGGUAGUUCAGUUCCACCCACACUGUGCACUUUUCUCCGUGUGAGAAAUAAAUCGCCUUUCUUGAGAAAAGGCAGUGAUUUAAGGCUCCUUGCCUCCCUCGAAAUAUAUAUUUCCCAGUUGCCUUCGCGCCCACGAAUACACGAAACACUUGCUGCUGGGUCUAAUGAAAACACAGCAACAUGCAAGUGAUGGGCGGGUUACGUGAAGCCCCAUUCCGCUAUAACCAGCUGCCUUUCAGAGAGAGAGAAUGCGUUUGCAUCACGUUUCCUGAGCGGACAGAAUCAGCAUUUGCGUCAGAGGAUUGUGAGCCUAGUCUGCUGCCAAGGGAAAAUGCAUGAGUGGGAAGUCACAUUUCGCUCGUCUCCCUGCCUCCCCGCAGAUCCCCAAAUGGGUGGCAGAAGGGCCAGCUGAGGACGCCGCCGUGUGCGUGAACUGUCAGAACAACAGCUUUGGGGAGAAAUGCGAGAGCUGCCUGCACGGCUACUUCCUGCUGGAGGGAAAGUGCACCAAGUAAGGAGCCGGGAGGCCAAGGCUGAGUCUCGUUCUUAUUUAUUUUUUUAAAAAACAAACAUAUGCUGCUUUCUAGGGCAAAACCUAUCCCAGGGCUUCUUUCCGUCAUAUGCGGUAUCAAUAAAACCACAGUAUCAAACCGAAACAUCAUGACGCUACAAUGGCAGCAGUAAAAACAACAGAGAAUGCCACAUAUUAAAAGCACUUAGAAACAGGUUUCCCACAAUAUCUGGUUGGCUGGGAUUUCGGGCACGGAUGUGCCACUGGCUGGAUCCUUUCAUGACCGUUCUUAUACAGUGGUACCUCAGGUUACAUACGCUUCAGGUUACAGACUCCGUUAACCCAGAAAUAGUACCUCGGGUUAAGAACUUUGCUUCAGGAUAAGAACAGAAAUCGCAUGGCGGCAGCAGUGGGAGGCCCCAUUAACUAAAGUGGUGUUUCAGGUUAAGAACAGUUUCAGGUUAAGAACGGACCUCCAGAACGAAUUAAGUACAUAACCAGAGGUACCAUUGUAGCCUUAUGUUUAGGGUCCAUUUAAAAACCAGUGCAAUUUGGAAUGGGUGGGCCAUGCAUAUACUGUAUUUUUCGCUCUACAAGACCAUAAGACGCACCUUGCUUUUAGCGGAGGAAAACAAGAAAAAUAAUAUUCUGAAUCAAAUGUUGUUGAAGAGGCUUUGCUCGGCUAUCCCUAAGCCAGAACAGCAAGAGGGAUUGCUGCGCAGCAAUCCCUCUUGCUGUUCUGGCUUCAGCGAAAACUGCACAGCCUGCAUUUGCUCUGUAAGACGCACACACAUUUCCACUUACUUUUUAGGAGGGAAAACGUGCGUCUUAUAGAGCGAAAAAUACGGUAUCUCCCUAGGGGCAGUAAUGCUUCUGAAUACUGGUUUCUGGAAGUCACAGGAGGGGAGGGGGCUCUUGUGGCUGGGGGCUUUCAAUAGGCAUCUGGCUAUUGUGAGAUCAGGAUGCCGGACUGGCUGGGCCGUUGCCCUGAUCCAGGAGGGUCCUGCUCAUGUUCUUGUGUCUCCCGGUGACCCCUCUCCUCCCAGGUGCCAGUGCAACGGCCACGCUGACUCGUGCAACGAGCUGGAUGGGACCGGCUGCCCCUGCCAGAACAACACGGAGACAGGAGGCUGCCAGAACAGUGCCCAGUCAGACAAAAAGGACUGCUAUAAGCAACAGGUGAGGGGCGGGGCUGCGGCCGCAGGAGGCGGGUCCUUGGCAGGGAUGAAAGAAGCUUACGGAACAAGGCGCAGUCCAUCCGGAAGUUCUCCCGCACAAUCCUCACUGCGAUAACUGGGAGCCGUGCAAGAUCAUACAUGGGGCAGGAGACAGAAUCAUUUCUCUCCCAAGCACAGUGUCUCCAGGCAGAGGUGUAUCUAGGCUCCCUUGCCCUCAGCUGCGAGAGAUCUUGUAGCAGAAACGGAAAAAGUUUGCUUUUUGUCACCUUUCGUGCUCUGCCGGCGACUUCCUCUGCAGCCAUCAGGGUUGGGUCUGCUCUGCUCUGCCUCCCCUCCUCUUCCUCCCUCCCUCUGCUUGCUGCUUUCCCUUCUGGCUCCUCCCUUUCUCCUGCUCCUGCAACUCUCACCUGCUUUCUUCAUCUUUCUUCUCUCCAAACCCUAGUGGGCUCUCCACACAUGCUCCUAAUAGCGCCAUCGGCCAACUGAGGCUGCUGUGAUUGCUCACACCAGCAACCACAUUCCUCCGCCAAGGCACCCAGGGGAGCUUGCAUACCUUGCUCAGCAUACAGAGCAGCCCAGGGAGUGCAUAGAUGGGCAGGCAGAGUGGGGAGGGGCAAUUUUUGCGGCCCCCUGGGCCUGUGUCCUUGGCAGCAGCCAACCUCUAGGUACAUCUCUGUCUCCAGGCCAUGCAGGAGAACUUCCAGGCAAACAAAGAUUUGUGAGCAAAGCACAUAAUUAACCCAUGGAGCUCCUUGCCACAUGCUUUUGUGUUGGGCUGUGAUUGCAUAAACCUACGUAGCCUCUUGAUAGUUACCUGCCGUGAUAGCCAGAACAUCAUUCUCUGUUCAGAAAUCGCAUACCACUGCUAGGAGAUAAAAAGAGUGUAGGUGACGUCCUUUUUGCCACCCCCUCUGUGGUAUUUGGACGACUAAUCUUGGCAGGAAGACCAAUAGGGACCGUUUUGUGUUGUAAAUCUGUGCAGGGACAGCAAAAGUGCACAAUGUGGUGGUUAUGGGGCAUUUCUAAUAAUAAUAAUAAUAAUAAUAAUAAUAAUAAUUUUUAUUUAUAUCCCGCCCUCCCCAGCUGAAGCCGGGCUCAGAGCGGCUAACAUCAAAUGUAUAACACAUUAACAUAAAAUCAGACAAUCAAUUAAAAUACGUCCUCAAAUCAGAUCAGGCUCAGAAUAAAAUCCAGUCAGAUGGCAACCGGAAGAUUAGGGUUGGGGUCCUUAAAUGCUCACCAGGCCCAACUGUUUGUGCUGAACUUAUAUGGGCCUGUGAGAAAAAUUGGGAGGCCACUUACAUGCAAGUUCUUAUGAAAGGGGAGAGGGAGUCAGACUGAACCCCGACCAAAGGCCUGGCAGAACAGCUCCGUCUUGCAGGCCCUGCGGAAAGAUGUCAGGUCCCGCAGGGCCCUGGUCUCUUGUGACAGAGCGUUCCACCAGAUUGGAGCCACAGCCGAAAAAGCCCUGGCUCUAGUUGAGGCCAGCCUAACCUCUCUGUGGCCUGGGACCUUCAGGAUGUUUUUAUUUGAAGACCGUAAGUUCCUCUGUGGGACAUACCAGGAGAGGCGGUCCCGUAGGUACGAGGGUCCUAGACCAUAUAGGGUUUUAAAGGUUAAAACCAGCACCUUAAACCUGAUUCUGUACCCCACCAGGAGCCAGUGCAGCUGGUAUAGCACCGGGUGAAUGUGAUCUCGCAGCGAGGACCCCGUAAGGAGUCUCGCCGCGGCAUUCUGCACCCGCUGGAGUUUCUGGGUCAGUCUCAAGGGCAGCCCCACGUAGAGUGAGUUACAAUAAUCCAGUCUGGAGGUGACCGUUGCGUGGAUCACAGUGGCUAGGUCAGGGCAAGGACCUGCAGAACACCUUGUGCCACCCUUCGACUGGGAGAAGCAAAGUGAAUUUAGCAAAGUAGUAAAGAUUUUCGAAUAAGAAGCAACAGUGCAGAGUCGUUUCAUUUGUGCCCCUUUCACAGAGUGAAGAAUUUGGGUAGGAUGGGCAUGAGACAGCUUGCGUGACCCCCCAAUCCCACUAAACUGACCUGCCUUCCCCCCUUGUCCCCAACAGUGUGCCAAGUGCCGCGAGUUUUUCCACGGCAACCCGGUGGGCGGCCACCAGUGCUACCGGCUGAUCAUCGUGGACCAAGAGAGCUGCUUUGACCCGACGUCGCAGCUCAACUGCUUCCACGAGCCCAACAUCAAGAACCUACUGCUCGGCCGCUCCGUCUUCUUCGGCGUCCAGCCCAAAUUCACCAACGUGGACAUCCGCAUCACCAUCGACGUGACCUUUGGUGGGGUGGACGUCUACAUCUCCACCUCCUACGAGAUGUUUGUGGUGGACGUGGACCGGGCCACGGGCUUCCACUCCGUGCGCGUCGUGCCGCCGGGGGAAGAGGCGGGUGGGCGCAGCGGCCUCGGCAACGGGAGCCAGCCCUCUCCGGCCGUGCGAGAGGCGCGGACCCAUGGGCUCAUCACCUACAUCACUGUGCGGGAGCAGCAAGCGGUGCUGGUCGUGCGAGCUGUCCGGGACCGAGUGGUCAUCACCUACCCGCACGAGAUCCACGCCCUGAAAUCCAGCCGUUUCUACGUCAUCCUUCUGGGCAUCGGGGGCACCAGCCCCAACGUCACUGAGUCCCAGGGGCUGCUCUUCUUCCGCCAAGACCAGGCCCACAUUGACCUCUUUGUCUUCUUCUCCGUCUUCUUCUCCUGCUUCUUCCUCUUCCUCUCCGUCUGCGUCCUGCUCUGGAAGGUCAAGCAGUUCCUGGACCUGCGACAUGAGCAGCGGCGCCACCUGCAGGAGAUGACCAAGAUGGCCAGCCGGCCUUUCGCUAAAGUGACCAUCUAUUUCGAGCCAGAUGCGCUGGGGGCUGCAGCUGAGCUGGUCUUCCUCCCUGCGCGGCCCCACAAGCACCCAGCGCUGACCGCUGCCCAGCCCAGCCGGCUGAAGCCGUACCACGAGGUACCCUACCCUGUGGCCCACUUCCGACGCUCCGAGCCCUUCCUCUCCCACCUGAUGGGCUACUCCUACUCCAGCUUCCGGGUGGGACCCAUCACCCUGGAGCCGACGGACGACGGGAUGGCCGGGGUGGCCACGGUCCUCUUCCAGCUGCCCGGAGGACUGCAGGCCCCUAACCGUGCCUGCCUGGGCUCCGCCCUCGUCACCCUGCGCCACAAUCUCCAGGACUACUGCAGCAGCAGCCACGGAGUCAGCAGCUCCCGCAAAGGACUCCUCAGCCACGAGAACCUCACGAGCAUGUCCCUCUGA